CAAACGGUCAAAUUAUUAUUGAUAACAGUCUGAUAAGAAGAGCAUAAAGUAAAUACAACUAAUCAAGCAUAUGGUUUUAUAAAACAACAGGCCUUUUUAUUUUAUAGACGUUAAAUUUGUUUCUUUUAGUAAAUUCUCUCGUGAUCGAUCUUUGUUUUUACAACAUGAUUUUCUUCAAAUCAAUUUGGGAAAUCUGUACAUUUUAUGAUAAAAUCUGAACCUAGGUAACACUGUAUGCAGCGGUACUUGCGUGUAGAUGCCAUCAGAGUUCGUUAGUGAUGGGUAAACAAAAUGUGUGUUUUCAUCGGCUAAUCGGCUAACAAUUCGGCCGUCGGCGUUCGGCCGCUUAGUUUUUGUCUAGCGUGCGUACUGUCUUGUUGUGUUUAUUUACUUUGGUCGUAUUGUUUUUCGUUUUAUGUUUUUAACAGAAAAAUUUUUCCGAUAGUCAAUACUAGAAACCGACUGAAGAGCAUUUACACGGUGUACCAUUGCGAUGGUAGUAAAUCAAACGUUUUAGCCAGUCAUAACUACCGGAUUAUUCCAGAAGUUUUCUGAUCUUUUCCUGUAGGACUUUGCGUCGGCCAUGGAAGACGAACUUCAUUGUGCCGCAUGCAAACAGCUCUUUAACAACCCGGUAUUAUUGCCAUGUUACCAUGCUUUGUGCCUUAAUUGCGCUGUUCACAUGCAACGUCCUCUAGAACCGGCUGCUCCACAAGAAAAUAGCGGCAACUCUACAACUAGCAGCAGUAAUGAGUCACAUAUAUCCGAUUAUCAUCCUGAAUCAGAUAAACUAUCCAUACUCAGCGAGACUGAUAGCGGUGUGGUGUGCAACAGCCGGCCGAAUAGCUAUGUGGGUACACCAAACAUCAACGGAAUUGUGUUUCCUCCGGUCACAGCUGGUUCAUAUUCCCUGUCGUGUCCAGCUUGCAAGAAAACUGUUUACUUUGACGAUAACGGUGCUCACAACCUGCCCAAGUACAGGACUAUGAGGAAUAUUGUUGACCGUUACGGAGAACUAAGGCAUAUUAUUCCCAAGUGCCAGUUGUGCGAAUGUGAACCAGCUGCAGAUGCUACAGUCUUGUGUGAACAGUGCGAGGUUCUGUAUUGUGAUUCUUGUCGUGAGAACUGUCAUCCAUCUAGAGGACCACUGGCCAAACAUAAUCUUCUAGAGCCUUCAGUCGGCAAGGUGGCGCUGAGAAAUAAAAUUAGAAACCGAGACAUAAUUUGCAGCGAACACGAAGAAGAAUGUUUGUCAAUGUAUUGUAUGGUUUGUAAAACUCCAGUCUGUGCUGUGUGUAUGCAUGAUUCAAGACAUUCGAGUCAUGACGUCCAAGCCAUUAACACCAUGUGCAAAGCUCAAAAGGUAAGAAUCUUUUUUUUUAAACUUUAAAUCUUAAUAGGUACCUACUUAGUUAUAGAACAUAGGUUUAAAUUUGACAAAUACCAUUGGAACAGAAGAUCUAAAUAGGUAGCUAAGUAAAAAAUAUCUUAUUACCUAUGUGGUAUGAAUUAUUUAUUAGUUUGUUUCCCAUUUUUUUUCUCAGCCAAUUGAAUUGUAUUCCUUAAUAUUUUAUAAAAGGUAUCUAUAUGAAAUUUUAGGUAAGAACAUUGGUAUAUACAAUUAUUUACUUGUAUUACCUGUGUGUUAUAUUCUUCUUUAGUUUUUAAUUAUUGGAUAUUAGAAUUUGUUUUAUGAAACAGAAUUAUUUUGUAUAAACAUUUAUUAUGUUUAGUUUUUUUUAUUUUUGACUUAUCUAAGUAUAAGUUUUAGAUACCUACCUACCUUAUUUAAUUCAUUGGUUAAACAUAAAAUUUAUUAGAAUACUUAGAUAAAUAUUUGUUUUUAAGUUAAAUAAUAUGAUUAGAAAUUAGAAUCAUCACCACAAUAUUUUUAGUAACAAUUGAUAUUUUCAUUAUUAUGUUUAUUGUUUACUCUUGUAUUUAUCUUCAAAUUAAAUAGUCAAAUAUAUAACUAAAGGUUACCUAUUAAGUAUUAUUUAAAGGUUAUUUAAAGUGUUUUUCAAAUCAGACAAUACAUAUAAAGAUUUUAUUUGGAUCACCAAAAUCUUUAUGUGCAAUUGUCCGGAGAGUAGAAUUAAGCAAUACCAAAUAUACAUUAUAUUUGUAUAAAAUCACUCCUAUUUUUAAUUUAAUUUGUUCAGAGGGUGAUUAAAAUGGUGUCUUUAAAUUGUCUUUGAUUUAUAUAUAACAACAAAUAUAUUAUAUAAUAAUAUGUUGAUGAAUCUAGUCUAUACCAAAACAAGAGUAAAAACAGUAAUAAUGUGUAAACUACAAGGAUACUAUCUACUGAUUGGGGUUUAUAAAUAAACAAUAAUAUCAGGGAUGAUACUUACACUUUUGACAUCUAUUCAAUUAAGAAGUUUUCCUAAUGGUAUUUCUAACGAUAGCUUUCAAAUUCAGGAUUCGGUUUGCGUAGAAUUAUAACUCGCGAGAUUCGUUUAACAUUUUAAAUAGGUUAAUCAUUAUAAUCAAAUAGAGUUUUAUCCUUGGAUAUUUAGUUAAAAAUGUAUCUGUAUAUGUGUGAAGUUCCAAAUAGAUCACACACAUUUAUCCGCAUUUUGCUUGCGGGAUAAACAAACUGUUAUUCUCGGUGUUAUUAAUCUGGUUAUUAGUGUUUACCUGCGCUACUUUUAAAGGAUAAAACCCGGUCGAGUUGUGGGUAUCAACAUUCAGACAUAAUUUAUGAGACAAUUUAUUCAAAUAAGUAGUUGCAAUGACAGAAGUUCAAAAACGUUAACAAAUAAUAAGAAUCAUCGAGUGAGAUAUAAGAAAUCUGAUAUUCUUUAGAGUAAAUAGGUAUUAUUUUGUAGGAUAAUGUUUCGUAGGUAAGUGAAGUUUAUAUUAUAUUUGUGGCUAAUAAAUAUGAUAAACUUACGCGUUUUAAAAUUAGUCGUUUAUUUAAUUUCACAGGCAAUGUUUUUGAGUUUGGUGAUCUGGUGUUAUAUUAUAAGAGUGAUUGUGAUUGAUAAGUUUUCGAAAGGGCUAAGCUGUAUUUUAUUGUACUGGAAUAAUUUUACGUAUAGAAAAUCCGUAGAUUUAUUUAUUACUCGCAGCGAUAUUAUUUAUCCACUAAUAAAUAAGAAGCAAAGUAUCCAUUACAAAUUUCGAUUUUAAAUUCUGUAUAACGAAACCGAAAAAGUUUUUUGUUUUACAAGCAGUACCUGUGUAUAUAUAAUAGGUACUAGUACCUAGUAGAAUUUUUUUUCGGAAAACACACUGAAGUUUUAAGAAAUGCUUAACAGUUUUUACCUUACUCAGUGACAGAUAGGUAAAACAUUUAUGGGUCAUGUGUAGGAUUUCUCUAUUUGAUACCUCGAAAAUUGCUAGGAAAAAAAUAAUUCAAACCAGGGUUGUAAGUUGUAAUUCUAAACUAGAUUAAGUACUUUAAAUCGUGGUUUGAACCCAAUUGGCUGAUUCGAACUUUGAUUUUGACUGUCCAAAUAUUAUUAAUAUUAUAAUUAUAUGUGGCUAUAAUAUGUUUACAUACUCUAUAUCGUAACAUAGUGUUCUUUUUUAAAUAAUAUACUCAAUGAGUGUACUUUGGCUAGAAUGCAUUUUAAAAACAAUUUUUUUUUUUUUUGAGAAUUUAAACUUCGGGUUUUUCGCGAAUGCAAAUGACGAUUUAGUACCAUCAUUUUAAAAUAAUUACGUAGGUAGAUUUAUAUUUUUAAACUUUAUAGUAUACUUACGGGUUGUUUCGAAUUAUCUGGUUAUUUAAGUUUGUUUAUAUUAUGCGCAAUUCUUUAUGUUGAUAAAACUUUUAGAGUUUAGUUGCGAACUAUAGAUGGACAGAGCUUAAUUGGCCAAUGGCUAUAUAAUUCUGCUAAUUCCGAGGCAAAUUCUGAAUUUCAAUACUAAUUCUUCACGUGUUCGGAGAAAUGUAGUUGUUUGUUUGAAACAUGUUUCUAAACCGUUAUUUUCGAGGUUAUUAUUUUGUUUUAAAUUAAUAUUUUUACUUUAAUUUUAUUUGUUUAAUAAUGUUAUAUAACAUUCCGUUAAGUAAAACACGGGGUAAAACAUCAUGAUAAUUGCUGCGUAAAAAAAAGUUUUUAGUUUUACAUUAUACUAAAAUAGAAUAAAUAUAGUUUUAAAAAUAAACUUCUGUGCUUUUCGAGUGGGUGCACAAUAUCUUCAUUAUUAUUUUUAACAAGUAUAUACUGUGCAACGUAUCGUCGUCGUCGUUCCGUAGUGUGCAGAUAUCAAUUAUUCAAGUAAAUAACGCGGGGAAAGAAAAAUUUACUCCUUCGGCUUCAGACUUAAUGGGUUUUGAUGAGUACAUUUCACGAGCGGAGAUUUGCUGCGGGCUGCUGCAGUCCUAUCUGGAAGCGGUGUGUGGGAGGGGUGUGGGGUGGUGACUGGGAGAUUCAAAGGUUGGCGGAAAAGCAAUAUUCGCGUAAAGCUCGAGUCCCCGAGGGGAUAUUUGAUUUCAUUUUCAAUAUUAUCUCCCGACAAAAGUUAAACAUUGUAAAGGCGCGGACGAAGUCUUGCUGUUAUAGUCGCGGAAGCCAUUUCUCUGACGUUUACUUUAAAGUUUAAGUGGAGUUUAUGCCCUUGUUUAUAAUAUUAUAUUAUAUGAUGAUAUGAACACUGCGGAUCGAUAUUGAAACGCUUUUAUCCAUUGCAUUAUGAAUCGCGUAUAAAGUACAGUAGAAUAUUUUCAAAUACUGUUUCGUCACUAUAUCUAUCGACAUUUUUAUUGUUUUCGAAUUACAAAUCUUUAAAAAAUUGUCCGUUUGAAAAUCCAAGACUUCGUACUCGUAAUAUUCAAUUUUUCUAAUUUUAUUCAACUCGAAAAAAUGCUAACCAUUUCUAAUAUUGUGUUGUUUGAUUUUUAUAUUUUUAAUUUAAUAAUAUUAUCAAGGCCUGUUGAAAACAAAUUGAAAACCUAAGUGCUUUAUUACAUACACACGUAUAUAGAGAAGUCAAACACGUUUCUUGUAUCCGCACCGGCUUGUCGACGUUCGUCUGAGUUACAUUUUGUAAGUAGUUUUCCAUUAUAAACUUCUGUGUAGCGACCUAAGACCUUAGAAACUUUGUAAGUAUUGUUAUGGAACCUUUUGGCUAAAACUUUGGGUGUAAGUAUGUACAUGUUUCUGGUUAUAACACGAUGCCUCAUCAUUGUCUAUUUCAACGUUCUCCGCCAAGUAUAAUGAUUUAUUUUUAAAAACUAAUACUCCUAAUUAUUAUAUUUGUGUGUAACGUACACUAGUAAAAAACAAAAAGGAAACUGCGCACUUAAGUAUUUUGUAGAUAUAUUGUGCAUGAGUUGUUUUUAUUCAAAAAAUAAAACAAAUUAUAUAGAGGGGAUGGGGGAAUCAAACAAUCCAACAAAAUAAUAAAAAAACUCAGGAAAUAACAAAACAAAAUAUUUUUACGGGCGUUGAAAGUUUGAAAAUGAAAUGUCGUCCUUUUCACUCAUAAUGCCUAUAGUACGAUAUAAAACAAUAAUAAUUAACGAAUCUGCGAGACCGAAUUAAAUUUCAUUAGUUUGAAAAGGACUUGUACAGUACGGUGGGGUUUGUUGUUAAGUUAUACAAAGCGCAAAUUUAUGGACCCUCGUUGGUGCAGUGUAUAUAUAGUUUAUAUUGACGAAUAAUUAUAAUAAUGUUUUGUAUUGGACGAGGUUGGUUUUUUAUUUUUUAUUCUUCCCAGAUUUAGAAAAUAGGUCACUGCACAUUAUUAUUAUUUAGUGGUCGAACGGUUAAAUAAAAACAAAUAGGGACGCGUUAUUGAUGCUAUGGUUGUGCUAAUACUGUUGUAGGUGAAGUAGGGAAGGUAAAGAAUAAGAUUUACGUAAUUUAUAUCUGUACUAAACGAUAAGUCAUCAUGUCUAACAAAAUAUGAUUUUGAUCGAAAUUCGGUUACCUAUUAGUUAUACAUGCAAUGCCGUGAUUUUUACGAUUUUUUUCUAAAUUUGAACUCAAAACGCUUAUAAAAAAAACUACUACACCACGCUUAGUCUUUUGACUACUUUAAGUUCAACUUACGAUGAACUUGGUGUACAAUUUUCAAAAAUGUUCAGCCAAAACAAUUUUAUCCUUAUAAAACAAAAAAAAAAAAAAAAAAAAAAACAGGAAAAUGUCAAAUAUCUAUAGUUAUAGCAGAGUAAUUAUUUAAAAAGUCGCUAGAAUUUGUUGAAAAUUUGAUCACGUCUAAAAAAGGUUAAUAUAAAUAUUCGGUAAAAGUAUUGGCUCUUUAUAUGAAUAUUUUUCAACAAAUAGCUUAACAAAAAAAAAAAUCGAAAAUAAUUAAACCGUUAUUUCCGUAAACUUUCCCGUUUUCGUACGGGUUUUCCCAAUUAUUAAGAAUAUUACAAGAAAAUUCAAAAAAACGACUUCCCUAGUGCACCAACUAUGUUCAAUAUGUUUUUAGAUUUUUUUUUUAAAAUUGAAAAUCAUAGUAAUAUUUAAGGUAAAUAAAAAAAGUGUUAACAGAUAGGAAUAAAAACACAUACGUCAUUAUAGAUAGUAAAACCAAAUUGGUUUUAUUAUUGUAUCGGUGUAAUCAAUACCGUACCUCGCUGCGCUCAGAAUCUAAAAUAGGCAUCACGAUUAAAAUAUUAUACCUUUUUGUUUUUUAUGCGUUUCUUUGACAAUUUUUCGUGUAUACUCGUAAGUAGGUAUACAGAAUAAUCGUAUUACGCCCGUUAUUAUAUUCAUAUCGAACUCGUACGUAUUUUUCACUUAUUUACAUAAAGAAUUAACACCUACAUACCAGCUACGCAGUAUAAUUGUAUUAUUAUUAUAAUAUUAGCAUCUGUAAUCUAAAAUGUAAGUCUUGUGCACGUGCAUAUUCCUGUAUAUUAUUACAGUUUCUGUUUGUGUAAUGUUAAGUUAACAUAACAUAAUCAUUAUUAACUAUAAUAAGCAAUGAUUUCAAUCCUCGUUAAAAUACUCAUUAUUGUUAUUAUUAUAAAAUACGUCUAGGUACCUACGUAGGAUUAAAUUCAAUCAUCGUUAUAAUUUCGUGCGCCUAAUAAAAUCAACUAUAACAUUAUAUUAUUUCCGAUAGGUGUUUCGCAUUUCAUAAACGUUAGGUUAUCUUUUUAUUUAUAAACAACGGAUAAUUUUGAAAAUUUCUUAUAUUUUUCGAUUGGGUACCUAAAGCCAUAGAGAAUUACUUUUGUUUUUAUGUAUUGAAAUGUAGGCAUAAUAUCGAUGAACGGGUUUUUUCGAAUUUUCGAUCCGCGUUUUUAUUAGUGAAUUGAAUUGAGUUUAUUUUUGAAACAAAAAUAUUUAUUUUGAUUUUAUCUAUACGGUGAGUCGGUGAAAUAUUAUUUUAUUAUUUUUAAUAAUAUAAACGGUUGCCUACCUAAAUAUUGUUGUUGGGAUUUUUUUUUUUUUAUUUUACCUUACUGAAACGUUAAAAUGGUUUAAAGCCAAAAAGCUGUCGUCUUAUGAAAAAAAAAAAAUACACACAUAUAUAUAGAUAAAUAUAUGCGUAUAAAGCGAUAAAUAAAUAAUGUAUCGUAUAUUUGGGAGAAAUUUUAAAUCUUAUUCUAAACCGCGAAAAAUAAAAUAUUAUAUUUUAAGCAUCCUUGAAAAAUAUUUCCUUAGGUAUUUAAAAUGCUUCUACAAUUAUAUUAGGCGCCUGUACCUAUAGUAUAUACAUAUUGUUUUCCAAACGACUCAAAAGAUAUAUUUUCCUUGUUUUGUCGUGCGAUGUCGACAUCGCAUCAGUUAUUUCGAGUUGACACAUAAUCUGUAUAUUAUAGAUUAUAAUAAUGUAUAGGCAUCAAUCAUACAUUUGCAUGUGUCAUUUUAUUGUUCUAUACGCUGCUUAUACUUACUCACUAUACGAGACAUAAUCGUGGAAAGUCAAUAUGAAUUCAAUGUUUUUUCGUAUUUCGUUUUAUAGGGGUUUUUAGGUUGCAGUCGUAUUGCUUUAUAUCGUUAUCCGUCAUAUAGGCGUGUAACAUAUUUUAUUAAUGUCGAUUUUUCGGAAGUAUCCGUUUUUUUUUUUUCAAAUUGUAUUUAAGUCUUUAAUAAUAUCUUAUAAUAUAUUGUACGCGGACAAGUGCAGCAAUUCAAUAUAUUUUAUUCAGUUAUCCGCCAAUUACAUUCAGUUUAAAAUUGAAAUAAAACCAUCGAAUGUUUUCAUGAAAAUAAAAAAUCCAAAUAUACCAGCCAUUAUUAUAUUAUUAUAGUCAAGACAGACACAUUUUAUUAUCUCGCGUAGUUAUACGAUAGAAUCGAAGCGUAUUAUUUUUGUAUACACACACACACACACACACACGUGUAUAUAUAUAUAGACAUCGUCGGUGUAUUUUUACAACGGUUCUAUAUUUGAACAGUGUCGCAAUAGCGACGAGGGAUAAACGUUUUGGAAAUUAAUUGCUCUUCCGCGAUAUCGGAGAUGUUUGUUUAAAGCGGGUUUGCUUAAGAUAUUAAAAAAAAAAUAAAAAUAAUAAUAAUAAAAACGAGCACGUCAAAAUUUCAAACAAAAACUGCUUCUAUAUAUUAUUAUAUUUAACAAUUUCUUAAAGAGCGCAUCUUCUCUUUUCCCCAUCAUACUAUACUUCUUCAAAUCGUUCAUCCGAGAAACGUAUACCCGAUGAGUGCCGACGUUGGUUCGUACAUAUUAUUAUCAAGAGUUCGGGACUUGUAGUAUUGAAAAUCAACAAUCGCUUAAUAAACACUACUGAAAUAAGCGCUAAAAAUAAAACCUAAUAAAAAUAAUUUUUUUCUACUUAUAUCGAGGCAAAAAAGAUCUUCAACAUUUCUUCUUUGAAUUCAUGAAUCUAUUUUGAACCACACUCGUGGAUUUUUAUUGCCCCAUGUUUACCGAUAACCAACACGGCAUAUAGAUAAGAUAACAUGAACAAAGAAUUAAGAGUUGGAUGAUAGAAUACAAUUGUAAAAUUAUUUAAAAAUCACAGGGGGGAAAAAUCUAGGUUUUGUCAGUGGCUUACUUAAUUGCUAAAAGUAUGCAAAAAAAAAAAACAGGGAAAACUAAUAAAAACCAUAUUUUUAUUUUUUUAACUAGCGGAAUAAUAUUAAUAAAAUGACGGACAUACUUUGCGCGAUGGGUGGGCCACUGUUGUAAGUGAGAAGUUUGGAAGGUAGGAUAUAGAUCAUUUUUAUAAUCAUAUUUAAUGAUCAUUUUUAAACCUAAUCAUUUACGUGAUUAUUAUUUUUAAACGAUAUAAAUAUCAAUAACACUCUGUUAGAUUUAAUGACACGCCAAACAAAAUAAAUUAAAUGCUAGUUGAGGUCCUCGAAGCUUGAAUAUUAUGAUCCGGAACGAGGUGCCUGAUCGCUUUUAACAACUUUUUACACUCGAGUUGGAGUAAUGGAUUUUUCCGACGGUAAAUUGACGGGGAGUGCGUUAAAUCUCAUCUAAUACAUAGUAUUAUUGUACGGUGUAAUCUCGCAUUCAAAGUCAUCGUAAGUGCGUCUGUACAGCUAUCGUACCUUUAUUAUAUUAUAGAAAGCGAGCAAAGGUCGCUAAUAUAAUGUAUUGUAAAAAAAUAAAAACUCCAGUCAUAUCGUGUCGGACGCAGGCGUGUGUGUGUGUGUGUGUGUGUGUAUAAGAGAGAGAGAGAGAGAGAGAGAGAGAACGGAGUAAUAAAUCCGCCCGGAGGUGAAGGUAUAAACUUUUUAUGCCCUCCUAAUAUGUAAUAAUAAUAUAUGUUGCGGGCCCCGUUCUCCGUUUUUUAUUUUUAUCCGCGUGUAUAGAUAUCGCGGUAUAAUAUGUAAUAUGAUAAAAAUAAUGAAAAAGAAAAAAAAAAGGAUUUGUAAGGAAAGGUGCACGAGGUCGGUUCGUCGGAGACGACGACGGCGGGGCAAAAGGGACGGCGCGGUUGGCGGCGAAUUUCGGAUUGCUUUUGAGCAAUUUCCGCUUGGAUUCCAUCGCGCGCGGUUAAGUGCUAAUCCAUCGUGUUCGACCCGCCGUCAUCGCGGGUGAUUGGUCGAUCGGCCGAAAAAGGCCGCGUCAACCGUUCGCCCGCGAAAUGUGAAAACGGACCGUUGCUGUGUGUUCGACCGUAUUCACGACGCGAUCGUGCGGUUCCGACUUUCGAUCAAAGAGCCGCUGGCGUCCGGACGGCAAUAUGUGUACCGGACUGCGCGACGCGAACUCGCGCACAACUCUACCGGGUAAUUCGGUUAAUUUUAAUACGUUUCGUAGACCGUGCAUAGGGUGCAUAGGAUAUGAUUGUGAUUUCGCACGUUUUUAGAUUCUGGGCGCGGCGGAGGAGGAACGUAUUAGUUUUUACCGUGAUGUAUAUAUGUAUAUAUAUAUAUGUGUGUGUGUGUGCGUGUGUUGUUUUUCUGUGUCUGUUAUAAACAAUAUUUCUACCGGAAAUCUUGCUCCGAUUAUUAUCAAUAAGUGCAGCGAAUCGUAUCUAUAUACGCAGUUGGCGAGUCGGAAGAUGCCGUUUUUCGAUUUAUUUUCUCCGCAGUUUUCUUUAAAACCGGGAAUAAUUUUCAUUGCGAUUUCUGGGAACGAAAUUACAUUUACGUAUAAUUCAUAUGUAUAGCCCGCCAUUACUCGCUGUUCUUUUAUUAUAUAAUAUACACUCAGAGGUAUGGUUAUAAAUUGUUUAAUUAUAAGUAAUUUUCUCGAUUACCUAUAAACGGUCAUCACUCGGAGCAGCUCGAGGUUAUGAGGUCGUAUGUUGUUUUCGGUUAAAUAAAGUUAAUUGUUAUUAUUCUGGUUAUUAUUACUAUUAUUGUGUAUAACUGCAGCGCUUAAAAGAGAUGACAGGAAUCGAUAAUAUAGUUGGUCGGUAACAUAAUAAUUGCGCAGCGUUCGUGAAAAGAAUAUUUUCGAUCAUACUCUGGCACUAAUUUUUUUUAAAAAGAAAUUGGUUUGCUCUGCGACUAUUUCGCUAGGCGGUUAUCGGGUAUAUCGACUAUACAUUUUACUAAGUAGUAUUAUAAUAUGUAUUGCUAAUAGGUCGAAAGUAAAAAUCGUGUAAUCGGAUUUUAUCAUAUUUUUUUCCUCGUCUCUCAUCUGGCCCUCCGGUCCCAGAGAGCCCGUCGAUUAUUGCCGUAUAGUCGCGGUUAUUUAGAAAAAUCUUACGAAAUUGUUGUUUUUUGUGUGUUUAAACAAUUUUACUCUUUUGCUCUUAAACAAUCCAGAAAUCUUGCGCCUAUCAAAGACUUUUUAAGGACUUUCCUAUUGUGUUUUCCAUCCGGUUAGUGCACUGGAGAGGUCAUUUUUUGAUUUUUCUUGUAUAGUUUUGUAAAACUUGUUAAAAUCGACUUGAAACGUUUUGCUGGGCAGCCGACAAUAUUACUCGCGAUUACGAUGUGACAAUGAUCGUAUAUAUAUUAAAAUUAGAAAAAAAAUAAACGGCAAUAAGUCGCACUAAAAAGGGGUUUAUUUUUAUCGGUCACCAUCGGGGUUAGUUUUUGCUGCUUUUUUAAUGUAUUCAGCUGCGAUGCGUACGUAUUGAUUUUGUAUAAAAAAUAUUGUCUUGUAGCUUUUUUUUCGAAUUGGCUUUUAUUUCGUAUAUUGUUCAAUGUUAUUUAUUCAUCAAAAGUAUGUCGUGGCUUUUUUUUUUUUUUGGUACUGUAAUUACCAGGUAAAAGGGGCAUUUUUUAUUAUUAUUAUUUUUUUUAGUUAAGAAACACAAUGUCUAUUAUACAGUUCAGUAAAGUAAACUUAUUUAACAACCACGAAUUAUUAUUAUUUCUCGGACUUUUAUUUCGUUUUUCUGUCCUUUUAUUUUCUACUGCGUUUAAUAAAUUAUUUUUACAAUUUAUGUAUACAUAUUAUCCGAGUCGGAGUAUAUUAUUACUAUAUACGAGGACAAUUAUUAAUUAAUUCAACUUUCUUUUCGGAACCGGCCUUUUUUUAUAUUUUAGUUCAUUUCAAUUAUGUUUCUUAUUAUUUCUUAUAUAUUAUUAAAAAAAAAAAACUAAAACGUAUUUUUUUUCAUAACGCACCCGUUUUGCUUUUAUCUUUUUUAUCGUGGUUAAAUUGUAAAAAGUUUAAAUUUAGGCCGCGUUUAGCUAUUGAGUCACAAACUCCGACUCGUUUUUUUUCUCACGGUUAUAUACAUGCGCAGAAAACAAUGUAACUAUAAUAUAAUGAACGUUAAUUAACUGCGAAAUUAUAACCGAAAAACGGGAUUUAAAGUAUAUUACCUAUCUCAUUAAAACGCAUAGUUUGGGAAAAAAUUAUUAUUAUACAUGUGGAUAAAAAUACGCUAGCUCUUUUCGUGCAGCUACCUAUAUAUAUAUAUAAAUACAUAUAUAUACAGUUAAUUAAAGGAAUAUAAUACCUGCGCGAAUGAAUGUUUAUUAUAAGGAGUUAAAUAAAAAUGCGAAAUUUUCAUGUUUAAGUAUGACGAUGAAAAUUGUUAUUAAAAAAUUGCUUAGUUUUUAAAGACAUUUUUUAUGAUAAUUAUUGAUGUCGACGCACUCAUAAAUUUGAUUUACAUUAUAUUAUACUCAUGAAUAUUGCACAAAAACUGAACAUUUUAAUUUCCGAAGUUGAAUUUUUAAAUAACUAAAACAUGUACACGAAUAGGUACAACACGAGAGUUUAUUACAAGGAAUAAAAUGACAUGGAUUUUUAUAGUUAAAUAUUUAUCGAAUUAAAUGCCUCAUUAACAUUAUAUAGAUAAGUACGUUUCAUUAUUGUGCGUUUUUGCAAUAAAAUUUGUGUAUCUAUGUAUAUAUAUAUGUUUCGUUUCCAGAUAACACUAAAUUUUUCGACCGGAUGACUGGAUUUUAAUUUCAUUUUCUGGAGAUGACAGUGGACACUAACAUACACACUUAAGCAUAAAUUGUAAUUUUUUCAUCUUUUCGACGCUCACAUGUGCAAUACAAAUGGCUUUAAUAUUAAUACUUCUUUUUCACACUUGAUAUUUAGUCUUUUUUUUUAAAGUGACUUUGAUCAAAAUAUUUUAUUUUAUCUCAAAAAUAUAAAUCGUAUGCUAUUAAUUUAUUAUAUGAUUAUCUUCACAAAAAUGUUCAGAAAAAAAAUAAAUCAAAUCUCUUCAUUUUUAAAGUCAUGCAAAUAAAUUGUUUGAUAAAACGCUAAAAAAUCCUAUUUUUUAACCAAUUUUAAAUAACUGUACCUCGGGUAAUUGUUGCGAUAAAUCUAUAUAUAUAUAUAUUUAUAAAAUCCAAAUACUACUAACUCAUUGACCGUUGUAUUUUAAAAACUACUCAACGUAUGGACUAGAAAUUUGAAAUAGUGGUUCAUCUAAUACUUUCCUCUUCAAUAAAAAAGGAUUUUUGAAAAUUCAAUCCCUUAGAGGGUAAAAUAAGGGUUUUUAGAAUAAGGUAUAUUUGGUACGAAUAUCUAAUUGCUUAUUUAUUUAUUUUUGUUUAUUUAAGGGUUACUUUGAUGUUACGGAAAAUAAAACUAUUAUAAUUAUUAUUGUUAGUACUAUUAUUACUUACUAUUAUUUGCACUAUUAAAAUUUCACAAUAGAACACAUUUAGUCCGCCGAAGGUGGACUAACCACUUUCCACCUAUUUGUUUUCAUUCAAUUCUGACACGGCUAAAACCAAAAAUUAAUAAAGGUAAAAUGAUGAUAAUAAAAAUUGGCAUGGACAACGCCGGGCGCGGAACAGCUAGUAAUUGUAUAAAUUAAUAUUGAUUAAAUAAAUAGGACUAUUCUAAUAAAGUGUUAAAAAUAGGUAUGCUAUUCAAUAAAAAUAGGGGUUAAAUAUUUUAAAUGUAUUCUUAUAAGUGUGUAUUUAAGUAUCCCUUAUCACCUCCUACAAAUGGAAUUUAAGUCCAAGGUUAUCCAGGCGAAAUAUUUAGUGUUGGCUAAAAACGCGAACUAUAUAUUAUUAUAUAAUACAUAUAUGCAGUUUAAUCACUUGAUUACGCGCAGUAGGUAAAAUUCUAAACUUUUUUUUUGUAAAAAAAAAAAAAAAAUGGAAGAUUAAUGUAACGUUUUUUGACAUUUUUGUGAAUAUAUUUAAAAUCCUCAUGUAUGCUGGUUGAAUACUCGAUUUUGUAAAUUCGUACACGUGUAUAAUAGGUAACUAUAUGUUCAUUUACAUUUUAGAAUUAAAAGCGUUUCCUUUUUUAAUUUAAUGAAAAAAAAAAAAAAAAUUGUAAAACGUGUAGGUACUUGAACUACAAAAAAUACGGUUUUCUUACCUUUUCUAUUAUAUAUAUUAUACAUAAUAUUAUGUUUGUGUGGUAUUUCGCAGAUUUACGGUCUACUGAUUUUAAAAGUCCUAAAAAGUCGUGUGAAUAACGUGUGUAUUAGAUACCUGCAUUUAUUAUUAUUUCAAAUAUAAUGAGCUAUCCAAAAUAGUAUGUUUAAAUACUGUAUACGAAUAUUUAAAAAAAUAUAUUACCUGAAUAUAUUAUACGAGUAGUACAUAAUAAACGACACUAGAGUUUGCCAAUCAGAGUUUUAGUAGGUACUAAACUUUUUGACUGCGGUUCUCAUUAGGGGUGAAUGGAGGCCGUAGUUGGUUAAAACUAUUAAAUAAAGUUCCUUCGGAUGGCAUAAGUAUAAUUAAUGUUUGCAAUCGAGCCCGUCGUAAAAGUUGCAGUUUCCGUAAACGUACGGUAUAGUUUAAUGAUUGCGCUUAUUCAAACUUCAAAAUGUACGCAAUAGUACAGUAAAAAAUGAAAAAAAAAAAAAUGAAAAUAUUGGAGUUUAGGACAUAGCAGUGGGAUUUUAAGAUAAACUAAGGUAACCGCAGGCUUAUUGGUCAUCAAAAAUUCAAACGUAUUACCUAAUAUUAAAGCAACAGUUAAGAAUAAGUAGCAAGAUAAUUCUGACAUUUCCAUUUUUUCUCUCUAAGGAAUCAGUAUAAUAGCAGAUAUUAUGUAUAGGAAGUCGUUGUGAUAAUUUGUUGAAUAAAAUUAAAAUAAAUAAAAUAAUUCAGAGAAAGAUAUAUACGUAUUAUAAAUUAUAUAUAUUUUUUUUUUUGCGGGGAAAGCUUAAUGUUUAUAAUAUAUUAUUCAUUUUUACUUUUAUUCCGAAACCGAGCUCUUAAAUCACUCCUUGCAUAUUAUAACUUAUUGAAGGUACAUAUUUUAUAUAUAUUAUUAAAGAUAAUGUAUUCUGUAUAAAACGUGUCCAAAAGUCAGUCUACAGUAGUCUGUAAUGUAACCAAAAAGCCGAAAGCCUAGAAAAUAUAGUUUUUGUACGACGUUAAGAUUUCAUUAAUUCUUUACAUGUACAAAGAGUUUUACAUUUAUUUAAUUUCGCCGUAAUUUUUUUUUUCGUCAUUCGUAUUCUAUAAUAAUAAUGAAAAAGACGGGCAUACUUCGCAUGAUGAGUUGCCACUGUUGCUACUAUUGUUGGUGAGACGUUGGUAAGGUAGGAUAUAGAUGGGGAAAUUAAUUUGUAUCUGUAAGCAAUGACAAACUAUUUCUAACUAAAAACGAUUCUGAGCUGAGUUCAGUUAAUAUAGUGAUACUUUAUCAAAAGUAUGUAUGUUAUUUAUUAUAAUAAAAUAAUUAAAUGUACCGAUUUUCAUGUUUUUCCCGUUUGUUCACAUUUGCUGGGAAAAGUCGAAAAAUGUCUUUCUUAAAGCACCUUCUCAGUCAAAUUUACUUUCAGAAAAGGUUCUACAUAGUAUACAUCGGAGUAAGCUUUCUGAUAGAAAAAGCGUUCGCAUAAAAAAAAUAAAAAAAACACAGAUCUUUGUAAAACCAAUACAUUCUUUGUUCCACUCAGAAUCUAAAAAAUGUUCGUGUUAUAGGACCGCUUAUUCGUGUUCGAAUCGAAUAAUUUUCUUAAACCAUUCGCAUUUUUACUGCACUAAUAAAUCGUCGGAAUUAUACGCGAACCAGGAUUUCCAGAAAUAUUUUCGAUAUUAACAGUAUGUAGUAUUUACUGCUGUCCUUUAGAAUAUCAAUCAAUCGCGAUGCUCGGCGUGUGAAAUUCUCCGAAACGAUCGAUUAGAAAAUAAUAAUACAUAAAAAUCGGUUGACACGCGUGUCCUGUGUCACGUAUCCCCGUUAACGUUUCGCUAAUGAACGCGAUCAAUAAUAUUAUUAAUACGGUACGCGUAUUGUACAAUAAAAUCGGUAAUUAAUUUUGUCUAUGAUAAAAAAAUAAAAAAUAAAACCACAUAAAAAUAUCAUAUUAUAUGUAUGAGCGCAAUAAUAUAUUCUCAGUUUUUAACUACCUGUCGCUGCAGCGGUUUAGUAUUAUACUAGUCGUCACAAUAUUUUCACGUGAAUUGCAUAUUGUCAUCACGUUUUAAGAAUAAUAUACGGGUUGGUUUUGUUUGUUUUUUUUUUUUUUUUUUUUUUUUUUUUUUUUUGUAAAUCAUUUAACGUUCCGUUUGUUUUUAUACAUAUAUAUUUAUGUAAUAAUGCAUUGGUCAUUAAAAACGUUUGUGUGUUUUCUGUGCACUGUUUGUUUUUUUCUUUUUUUUCUAUUACUACGGUUACGGAGUCGGUUAAUGAUUUCUAUCCGUCAUCAUUCGCAGCAGUGCCUGCACCACGAAUGCCGUAUACGUAUAAAGAAUUUAAAAAAAAAAAAAAACUAUCCAAAUAAUAUAACUAUUUAUAUAAUAGAGCUAUUAAAAAAGCGGAUUUGUCGUGCUGUAUUGUAUAUACUUCGGUACUCGCUACCAAAUUCGUCGUGAGCGAAAUUAUUACAAUUGUCGUCGUCGUUAACUUGCUCGUUCACAAAGCCAUCGUGUAUAAUAAAAACUCGACUUUCGGCGGGAUUAUCGAUUUAUGAGACGAAUUUUUAUUAUUUUUUUCUCAUAGUGCAGGGUUACACACGCCCGCCGUAUUUCAUCGGUUAGUGGAGAGAAAAAAAUGCGGUCUAAACUUGUUUUUGUUUCUCCUCCCACCCCAAACUCGAGGUGUCGAUUACAGUUCGAAAAUUCCCCCGGCGGCCGCCUGCAGCUAAUAAUACGAGAUUUGCGGUCAUGUCCGAAUCCGGCGGACGACACGACUUUGAGAAACUUUUACAGUUCACACCGGAUUUCGCGUUCGUGUCGGACAAUACAUUAUUCCUGUACCCACAUAAUGUAAUAUACCCUAUAUUAUUUUCUAUUAGCUGUCCCGUUCGGCUAUUUUUGUUGGACCAAAAAUAUCGCUGUGUAUUACUCACGACUUUGCCCGCGUGUAGUUAACAUGUCUGUAUACAGUUUAGUGCAGUGGUUUUCAACAUUUUUGGGUCCUCAAUCAAUAAUGAUAGUUAAUACAAAUUGAAACAAAUUUACUGUACCUACUAUACCUAUAUACUAGACGCGGCUCCUUUGGUAAUAAACUACGACGCCCCUGGGAGUCGAGACGAACAAGUUGAAAAACCAAUGGUUUAAUGUGUUUGCAUUAUACACCUGUUUCGCUCCAAAUUACUGCCCCAACCUCCCGUCGCAAAGCUGUUCGAAUUUCCCGGGAAUUAACUGUUAAUGGAAUUAAUGGGCGCCCGUUAGGAUAGGUGCCCGCGUUGACCUUUCCGGGAAUAUUUUGUUUCGGCACUUAAAUCGCCAUGCCUUUACUCGCCUCGCCGUCAGGAAACACUUCGACCUUCCCGGGAACAUUACCCCUUUACUCCGCUCGUCGCCGGGAAUCGUGUCCCGCACGGUUUUGCCCGUGUUAGCAUUGAAUGAAAACGUUUAUUUUCGUAUUUUUUUUUUAAACGCGUUUACCCGCGAUUUCCGUGUUUCCACUCCUAUCCUUGUCAAAGUUAUAUACGUAUAUAAUAUAUAUAUAUAUAUAUAUAGAGAGAGAGAGAGACGGUAUGAAAUAAUAUGUCAGCGGGUCGUGGAUGAAACGACAACAGACACGUUCAGUAACCCUGCGAAUCGAGUUUGCAUCGUACGUUUUUCGCGUGUAAAACCAACAACGCGGUCGUCCGCGAAAAAUAUUGUUGUCGGUUUUCCGUGCGUGCGACGCAGGUGAUAAUUAAUAUUAUUGUGCGUCCGACUGUGUCGGCCUUGAAACGUUUCAUCGACGGACGAGCGUAACGGACGAAUAGCCGUCUUGACCCGCGUCCAGCAGCUGCCGUCGGCCGACCGAUUCGCUGUUUUGCGCCAUUUUCAUGGAAGGGCCGCACAUAUGAAUUUAUUACUGUGUCCGUGUGUAUAGCGCGUCGGCUAUUCGCAUAGCGUUUAUUUUCGUUUUGGCGAACCACGUCAAAAAGCCACCCAGCAAAUAAAACCACUGGACAUAAUGGACCACCAUGCACAACCUUAUAUGCUUGGCUACACGGCAAUAUGUGGGUCUGUGCUUGGGUGCGGAAUUUAUAUCGUCAAAAUGCCUCACGAUAUAAAGCCACUCGAUAAUAUAACAAAUUACACUAUAUCUAUAACCUGACCAAUCGUCGACCCUCUGUUAUAAUAAAUCGAAAUUUUUACUCGACACAAAUACCGUGAAAAAAAAAGACUUCCUAGGAUAAUGGAGACGGGCGUAACUACUGUUAAGUAACUAAAUAACAAAUAACAUAAUUGAAAAAUAUUAAUAGCAUUAUUUUGAAUGAUAACCGCUUGGAAAAUCAAAAAAUGACCUAUGAGUACCAAUACGGACAACAUUCUCUUUCAGAAAUGGUGCCGCGCGUACAUAUCUGAGAAAGAUUUCUGGUAGAAUUUUCGUACACAGGAUAAAAAAAUAAAAAAAAAAUAAAAAUUUUAGUAAAACAAAUACAUUCUUCGCUACACUUAGAAUUUAAAACUAUCAUUUUCAAAUACUGUUUAUGGUUGGUUGGUAUAUAAAGUUAUUGCUGGAUUUAAAUACGGUUGGAUAGUGUUUUUUUUUUCACGUGGCAUUUUGUCGGAUCACGAUGAUGGUGUUAUGUCGAUUGACUACAUCGUUAUCGCGUGACUUGAUGCCGAGCGGUUAUUUGUCUGGUGGCUUUAUUGUAAGGUAUCGCCGUUUUGAGAAGUACGCGGCGCCACUGUGUCUAGAACGUGGCCAAUGUCCAUGUGCGAUGUUAAUAUUUAUAUUCUAGUGUUACCAUAUUAUUAUACUCGUAGGCAUCUUAGACAUUCAUUAUAAGUUAUAACACUGCAGUUGUUGUAAAACCGUACGACCUCUAGGUGCCACAUUAUCUCGAGAAGUAUAAUAUUAUAAUACAAGAUCAGUAUCUUUACGUACUGUUCUCACGGCGGACGGCCAACACCUCUGUAACAAUAGCAUAUUAUAAUAAUAUUUAAAACCACCUUAUUAUUAUCGCCCCUUAUCUCUCGUAAUAAUAUGCGCACGUGGACUAUUAAAAUGCCGAUAAAUAGUAUACUAUACGUCAUUAUGAUACGCGCGUACCUAUCCGCAGUGUCGGUAUAUUUACCGAAUAUUAUUUUGUUUUACUUCAAAAAAUCCGUAUAAUACACGAAGACGCGCGUUGAGCCUAAAAAUAAUAAAAAAGGCGUACGAAUAUCACACGGUAUAAUAAUAUCACAUUAUUUCGUUGUACACACGUCACGAAUAAUUGUUAUUUGCCCUACGGCCACCACGUCCCAAAUUAACGCUUCGGACGGUCGUGUUAUAAGCGUAACAACAACACCGAUAAUAAUAUUAUGGAUCGGUCGACACGUCCCUUUCCGCAUCAGAGUAAACAUUACCGCGGUAUACUAUAUUAUACUUGCUCGGGUUAUGUGUACAUUAUGCAGUUCGUCUGCAUAAUGUAAGUCUACAACCGGUUUCUCCGCACUAUUUUUUUUUCUCCAUUUUUAUUACGAGUUUUUUUUUCUCCCUCGGAGUUCACACAAGUUUUUUGUUUUACGGUUCUGUGCCACGCGUUCGCCCGACGUUAUUUUUAUCGCGCGCGAUACGGUGGUUUUUUUUCCUGUCCGGUUAAUGGGUAUUUGCUAAAUUCCAAGAUCACGCUCGUACAACAGCAUCGACCUUUCCAUAGUAAAAAAAAAAAAAAAUAACGUAAUUUUAUCUUUCGGUAGCGCGGUGUAUUUUAAUAUAUUAUUAUCCAGAACCUCGGCGUGGUCCUCAGAGGAUUUGAAACGAGGCCUAUAUACGAAGUACGUGUAUGCGACGCUCGCGUGUCUUAAUAAUAAUUAUUAAUGCGUAUUAACGUCGUCGUUAUGGUGUAUAAUAUUAUAAUAACUCGUUAUAGUAUACAAUAUAUCACAAACACGGUGGUGCAUUAGUGGAUUUACGCGAUAUUCAGUUACAAUAUUUGUAGUGCUGCGAGCCCGAGGCCGCCGAAAAACAAGACACGCAUUAAAAUAGAAUCCGGGCUCCUGAGUACGACCUUGAUAUUAUUAUCAUUAUGAGUAUAUAUCAUUAAGAAGCGGCGGCGAUUAUUCAUUUUAUCGUAUAUAGGUGUAUAUUAUAUUAUAUACGUCAUGUUAUAGAAUAUUAUGUGUCGUGAUUUUAACCGCAUUCGGCCGUACACACGCAUAAUCCGCCGCAGUAAAUUCGUUAUUAAUGUUCUGCGAUUUCAUUAUUUCGGUGAUGCAACACGUCCAUAAAGAGUCCGCAGUUUGAACGUGCGACAAAGACGUCCGCGACGCAUAUCGGGUGCGAAAUAAUAAUCGUCGAUAAUCCCCUUUCGCUUAGUGUACAGGGUAUUUUUUUUUUUUAUCCAGCAUUAUCUAUAAGAAUAUUAUAGUGAUAGAUGUUCCCGAAUAGUUUUCGAUAGUUUAGAUGAAUAAUAUUAUCGGAUUAUAUUUCAUUAAAAUAUUUUUUUCCGCGACCGAAUAAAUUCAUUCGGAAAACAAUUAUUUUUACGAUUUUUGCCUAUACGGAACAGUAGUUAAACUAAGUAUUCGAAUAGUGUUCAAUUUUUCGAACAGUUCGAAUGCGAUCGACUAUCGAAUAGUUCAGUUGUGCCUAUCGCUAAUAUGAACAUAGUAUAAUAUUAUGAUUUUUGUUUUUUCAGAUAUUAUAAUAUGCUGUGUAUAAUCGUUUCUGACGAUCUUGUUUGUAAUAAUAAUAAUAAUAAUAAUAAUAAUAAAAAUCAUCGUUAUAAUUCUAUAACAACCGACCGAAAAAAUCUAUAUAAUCAAGUUACUUAACAAUUUCCGUAGAUAAUCAUCAUAUCUACCUAAACGAAUCGCUCUGUAUUAGGUCGACGCCUUUAUACCCGAAACCACUUAUAGAGCUGUCUACGAUGACGAAGAGGGCGGUGUUUCGAGAUUGGAUUAUUAUUAUAAAUAUUAUAUAUAUACGAUGCCAGAACACGCUGUAUAUCGCAUAAUCCGCCACCAGUCACUGUAUCGAUAUAUUAUUAUUGGUAUCGUAUAAUAUGCGAUAUGAUAAAUCCCACCGUAUUAUAUUAUAUCGAUAUUAUUUAUAUAUAUAAAAAAAAAAAAAAAAUGGCGACGAAUUUCGAUGCAAAUUGCAAAAUGGAAACAAAAUGUAUUAGUGCUUUAUACGACGACGAAGACGUUUAUACGCUAACAUCGCAGUACAGUGCAUGUUCAGCUUCAUCAUUAUCUCGAAUUCCCAGCAUUCGUUUUCUCUUGUAUACACCUCAUCACAUACCGAUAUAACUGUUGUGUAAACCUUGUAUUUUUUUUAAAAAAUCCUCUUAUCGUCGAUGACAUGAUCUUACUGGUAUGCAGCGCGCCAGUGGAUUAUACCUACGCCCGGUUCUUAAUAUAAUAUAAUUAUGCAUAUUAUUAUACAUUUAUACGAUCUCCCCGGCGGCGUUUAAAUCGUCCGGAAUGGACACAAAGCCCAAUGAGUAUGUAGAAAAACAAGACGUUCAUUAUUGGCGUAUAGCAAAUCUUGGUGCAGAGAGCGCGCUCGGUAAAGAGGUUAUCGAUUGGUCGGAGAACGACUGAAAAAAAUAACUACAAAAGUUUCUCGAAAAACUAAUCAAAUAUUGAUUAGUAGGUAGUCAUAAUAACGGGGACCGAUGGGUACAAAUUAAACAAAGAUAAUAUAAAUAUUUGUCCUCCCUCCUCCAAGACGUGUCUUGAAUAUUUAUUCAUUUGACGCGUUCGCGGUAUCGUUUCAAACGAAAUAUUAAAUGUUUAAUGUUUAUAUAUAUAUAUAUUAAACGUAUACGCCACUUGGGUGGUAAACGCGAUUGUUGACAUUUCAAAUACCCAGUGUAAUACCUUCGUAGUUUUGGUUAAUGUGUGUCAAUAAAAAAGAAAAAAAAAGAGCUGAUACUGUUGACGGUUGUACCAGUGUUAUAAAUGUGAAGUAGGAAAGGUGGGGUACAGUACAACCAGGAUAAUAUAAUUUAUAUCUUUACGUAAUCACAAAUCAUUGUCAAUGAAAUACGAUUCUGAGUAAAGUUCAGUUAAUCAUAUUUAAAAACUACGUGAUUUUUACGAUUAAAAUGUCAAAUGUCUAUAAAUAUUUAAAAAUCACCAGAAUGUUUUAAAAAUCGUUCACGUCGAAAAGAAUAAUAUAAAUAUUCUGUAAAAAUAUCAAGUCUACGAUUAAUUUUAAUCAAAUUAUAAAAAAAAAAAAAUAAAAAAUAGAUAAUGAAAUCGUUUUUGAUUGAACUUUCCCGUUUUUCUUAAUUUUGUCUCAAUUAUUAAGAAAACUCCAAAGAAAACUAACCUCUCAAUACAACUUUUAGAUAUAAUUUGCUUUCUGAAAAUAUGCUACACAUAAAGUUUUGAGCAAUAUUUUUGGUAGACAUAAUGUCUACCAAAUAUUUGUUUUAACAUAAUGGUUAACAUUAUCUGUUAAAGAUAGAAAAAAAGACAUAGUAAAAUCCAUAGUAAAAUGAAUAUAUUGUUCGCCAUGCGUAGAAUCUGAAAAAAUUUAACAAAAGUCGUAUAUGACUGUAAUAUAAAGAUUUCAAUGGGUUUUUUGUUACUUAAUUUCUAAGAUUUUGUAAUUUUUAACAAUAAUUGAUUUAUAAAUACUUAAUUAUGCUGUUCUUUAAAACGUGUGUAUGUGUGCGAUGAUUUGAUGUAUGAUAUUAUAAGUUUAAUAUGCCUAUUUAAAGCGACUUGUUUUCGUCCGGCUCGGUAACAUGUAUUUACGUUGUUAUAUAAUAAAAUUAUACAAUUCCUAUUUAAAUACAAUUACGACAACGGACGAAUAAGAAACCGGGAAAACUAUGUGCCAGAGUGCAGUUGUCGUCGGAGUUUGCCAAUUUAUGUUUUAUAUAUGAAUUCUAUGAAACACCAUUCCGUCGAAUACUAAAUGUCAAAACGUAUACUGAGUGCCAAAAGAUCAUUUGGUAUAUAUUAUACAAAUGCAGACAACGUUUUAAAUUCAAUCUAUGAUCUUUAGAUAUAUAUUUUUGGCCCCAGGGAAGAAGGGCUUAAGUCAAUUUAGUAAAGUUUUCAAUACGAGCAAAUUACAUUUUGAAAAUACAUACACUUGCACAUAAAGCAAUUCAUUAACUCACUGCAUACAUUAAUUAUUUUUAUAAUACAUGCACCAAAAAAAUAAAAAUAAAACAAAUUACAUUAGAUAAAAUUAUAUAAAAAUAUGCUAAAAAAUGAUAUAAGCGCGACUUCCUUGAGGCUAAAGAUAUCUAUUAUAGAUACAUUCAAAGUAUAAAAGGGUUUUAAACGAGAUCUAUAGAUCUAUAUACUUCUAUAGAAUACUUACAUUUUAUCUCGGUACCUAACUAUAAUCAAAUAUUUGAUACAUUUUAAAUUUUUAUCGCAGAGUCCUUCACUAUAAUACUCGAAAUAUAAUCCUUUAUUAAAGAUAAUUAUUUGUAAUAUGAUUCAUUUUUGAGUUUCUAUAAUAGGAUUGUUAUGAUUAAAUAACUUAUAGAGAUAAUGUGGAAGUUAAAAAUUAAAUUGUAUCAAAUACGUUUAUAAUAUUUUCCUUCGUUGGACUAAAAAUUAACAAUUACAGCUGUUUAGUUUGAAAUUAUUAUAAACAUCAAAAAUAAUAUAAUAUUAAAUUUGUUUUUGUCCCUUCGUUUUUUGUUUACGCAUUAAACACUGAACUAAAAAACAAUGCGAUUUUUUAUUAUUAUUUUCGGUUAUAAAUACGCGUAAGUAUAUGCGUGUAAAACAUAAAUAAUCGUUCGAUUAUAAUAUUAUGUUUUUGUUAUUAUAGUUUUUAUAUUAUGCGAGUUGAACGGUCUGUGUCCACGUUGAUAAAACGCGUUAAAAUAUAUUAUACGGUAUAAGGUUUUUUCGAUUUUACUCAUUUACGAAAAUGUUUCCGUACGAUAACGCGGUUGCAAUCCUAUUUUUACGACGGCUUAACGCUUAUCUUUCCAUAUACAUAAAUAGACGUGAAAGGUUUUUUUUUUCCAAAAUUACGCCGAAACGAGUAAUAUAAAUUGGACGGAGGGCUUUUUUUUAGAUUAUUUAAAAAGGACCGAGGUUGUUAAGAAAGUUUCGGCCGGGGGACCGUAAACGCGCAGGCUGCUUAACGUUGGCGGUUUUUACGUCGAAAUUUUAUUAUUAUAUUUUUGUCAGUUUUUUUUUUUUUUUUUUUUUUUGGGGGUUUUUGUUUUUAAGCUGCUAUACUCGGUACGUAUAUAUUAUACGCGUAGCUGGGUAUUGUCCAAACAUUGAUUUACAAAGACCGCGCGCGGCGUAAAACAGUAAAAAAAAAACCGUGUAUCUAAUAAACGGAAAAUGCACUCGACCGUUUACGACUUAAUCCCGCGGAGACUCGAAUUUGGCUUUUAUCGAGGCGGACCCGCGAUGAUAAUAUAACAAUAACAAUAGUCGCGUUGUCGUAAACAAGUUGGCGCUCGCGUAAUCUCCGUGCCGCGUUUCAUUGAGUGACACAAAGGCACCGGGUAGUAGUCCGCGAGGCUAUAUAGUUUGAACGUGUACGCGUACAUAUAUACAAAUUUUAUAGUUUCGAGGGGUAAAAAGAAAAAGAAAAAAGAAACGAUGACGAACAUAAACGUUUGGAAACGCGAAACAACACGACGCGUACGGGGUAGCGCCCGCGCGAAAUUGAAUUAGAUCCCGCGCUGAUGUGUUUAUCGACGGCGUUUUUCCGACAGCCGCGCACCGUUCGUGAACGCGCGCUCUCUGUUUUAUGCUGAUCGUGUGUAACGCGAGAGAACGGUAUUAAACAAUAAUAAUAAUAAUCGUUUUCAUCAAAGUGUUUUAGGCCUGUUAACGUCUAUUAUUAUUAUUGUUGUUAUCAUUAUCUACGUAUUUGGCUAUAGAGUCGCGACACACGCCGCAGCGAGCGAUUCGCGGAAUUCUCGGUUCUUUUGUGCGGCAACGGUACCUAUUCUGUAUUUAGGAUAUUUCGGCUAAUACCCGCGAGUAUUAUAAUACACACAAAUUACAAACAAACGGAUUCGUUAAUAUUUGUUUAGCAUUGGUAGAAAAAAAAAAUUGCGUUGAACGUAUUAUAGUAUAUUAUAUUAUAUACUUUUGUGUAGGUACCCCUCCCCCCCCCUUCUUUACCUUCCUCCGAUUGACGAAAACAAAAUAUUAUUUGUUUUAGCUCGACUCCAAAACCUACACGUUCGAUCUAGAUCCGUUUGUCGUGAUGUCACUCGCCGAAAUAAUCCGUUACUGCUGAUUUCCUCUACUCGUAUAUUGUAUGUUCGUCUUUUUCACUCUCUCGUUCUCUCGGUAAAAAAAAAAAAUAAAUACCGAACGUAAAAUAUUUUCGCGCUAUAGUACACAAUGCCUACUACGCAUUUCGCGAUUUUCAAUAACGACACCACCCGCACUCGUUUGACGUAAUACAUAAUAAUAUAAACGUGCUCCCUCCUCCGAUAUACAUAUACAUACAUAUAUAUAUAUAUAUAUAUAUAUAUAUAUACAUUUUGUGGGGGAUGGGGACCGUCGUGCGUCGCGAGGGUUGUCUACCCGGUGAAAAUACGACCGGUGUAUGUAAUAGUGAUGUGUUUUUGUAAUAUUAUGUGCGUGUUGUACGUACAGUAACACGGUACUCGACGUCAACCAGCUGUUUUCACGAUUUUUUUUAUCCUAUCGUUUUUGUGUUCUGUCUAAAGUGGAAAAAAAAAACCGAGUAAUAACGAUAAUGUGUGUGUUAAGGAGGAAAAUAGGGGUCUGGUUUCUUUUCGUUUUAUUUAUUCACACCAUACGCGCAACCACCAUCAUCAUCAUCAUCAUCAUCAUCAUGGAGGAGACCCUUGUUUUGUUAAUUAGUCGUGUGCACUAUAUAUAAGAUUAUUAUAUUGUCGACAGUUUUCUUUGAAAUUUGUACCUUAUUAUUAUAAUGUAUGUCGUGGUCCGCGUGUUGAAUUUGUAUAUACAAAGGAAAGGGGAAAACAAAUUAUUAUACGUUUUAAUGACGGUCAAAGUAUAUUAAAACUCCCUUUCUUAAAUACGAAAUCGAUGGCGUUGAAAUGAUGAUAUAUAUUUAAUGUUAGGCAGAAGUUUGAUCAAUCCGAAAUUGGGAUUGAAAUAUGUAUUUAACGGAUUAAAUUUGUCAAUUCUAAUAUGAAACACAAUUAUCAUGAUCAAAAUAUAAAUCUGGUAUUCUGAAUCUGAAUAUUUGAAUGAAUCAGGAGAGGAAAAAAUUAAAUCAUAUUAAUUAUAUUUUUAGCAAACUUAAAUAUUUUUCUUAUUUGUAAAAAAAAAGAUAAAUAUACUUAUACUUAUGAGAUUAUAUGCAUGAAUUACUAGUGUUACUAGUUGUAUAAAAAACCUUUAUUUUUAUUUUUAUUUUGUCUGCAAUAAAUUGAAUCACUAACCCUGACGAUUAAUUUGUAAAUCCGGAUUAAUGGAUUAAUCCGACAAUCCGGAUUAUAUGGAUUGUUACCUGCACGGCUCCACUUUUUGCAAUUUGGAUUUUAGAUUGGACUCGAUUAAUCCCGAUUAAGUGCCUAGCAGUACUAUAGAUGUUAGAAAUACGUUUUUUUCUCAAUGUUAUUUUUAAUGCGCGUUAAUAAUAUGUUUUUCCCGUUUAUCUAUAUAUAUAUACAAAUUAAUGUUUGUCUGGAUGUCUCUUAUGCCUUCCUAAACCGUUCAUCCGAUCGCCACGAAACUGAAAAAUGUAUCAGAUAUUUUUCAUUGCUUAGCAACCGUAUACCUAAUUUAUAUAAGUUUGAANAUAAAAAUAAAUUUUUAAACACUUAAGGGCAACAACGGUUAACUGCAGUAAUAGUGACGGAUAUUGAAACAAGAAAUCUAGGGGGGAAAUAGUUUUUAUUACACAUUUAUUUGGCACGGGCAACGCCGGGCGGAACAGCUAGUAAUACAUAAACCGAAGAAAUCAUCGAUUAUUGUUUUUCAUGUACAUCGACUAUAAUAUAGUAAUAAUAUGUACACUGAUCGGUUAAAGGCGUCUGUAUCAUGAAUCGAAAUAAAUUCAAACACAUUUAACGUUCGUGUAUGCGAAUUCUGUUACUAUACAUUCGGGAAAACUGCUGAAAUUUAUAGUACUUAAACUUUAUAAAUAAAAUUAUUUCGCGCGUGACUCUUCUUAUAUGAGUCUCAUUACGUCAAUUUUAUAACGCUAAAACGUUUGCACAUUGUAUAACAAUUUAACAUUAUGAUGAUGUUGUUCGAGCUUAUAUUAUAUUAUAAUGAACAUUGAACAAUAUUACGUAUUUUUUUGUUUCCUUCUCGCGGCGUGUUUCAUGUUAUUAUUAUGGUUGCUGGCGUGUAAUUUAAAUUAAUGAAACUUGUGCACAAUGAAGCAUACCGAACGGCGUAUACAAACAUAAUAUAUAUAUAUAUAUAUAUAUAAUAUAAUGUUAUAAACUGCAGUAUAUAGGUUCGAAGUUAAUAAUUUGUAAAACAUAUGUCGGUAAUUAUUAAAACUUUAAUAAUAUACAUUAGUUUUACACGGCCGAAUUUAUAUUUUAAUUUUCUAAAUACUGUUGUUAAUGCCUAACGACAUCUUGCGUAGAUUAUAACUGGGUAAUAUCUGAUCGUGUUUCAGGAAAAUUUCGUUUAGAUUUAAUUUGAAAAAAUAUAUCGGUGUAAUGAAACAUUCUAAAUAAUGAAAUUAUAUGUUCUUCCAAGGAUUGAUUUUCACCAUAUAAAAAACCGCUUCGAAAACCGCCAUAAUAUACAUUCGAAUAUUAAUAUUGAUAUUAGUAUUAUUUUAAAACAACGUGUGUCAUGUUAGUGAACGGAUUUUUCCUCCGGUUCACGAUACCUAUACAUAUAUAUUUAAACUUAAUAUUUCUAUCUGAUUUUUGAAAAACAAGCUUUUGUAUUUUAAUCGUUUGCAAUAAUAUGCCAUUGAAGUGCAACGGUAAUGUGACAUAUACGCAAACCUUUGAGUAUAUUACAAAAUCUAAAAACGUAUUUCGAAGAAAAUUAGCCGCUCGCCGACCAACCGAUGGAUUAUUAAAUAUCAAAUUCCUGCUGUUGAAAAGUUCAAAGCAUUUGUAAUCUACAAGUCUAAACGGACAUGAAAUCUGCCCCUUUGAAAUUCCGAAAUUAUCGUUAAUCUUUGAGUAUAGGGACUUUAGAUUACGUAACGAGGAUAGCGGGUAAUAAUGGGUGAUAAUUGAUAACUGUCACGGGGGAUACUAUUAGGGUAUAAGCCUUUGUCUGAUGCGGCUUAACACAUAGAAUCCUGCAGCUACUGUUGAAAUUUAUAAUGUCGGGAAAAGAACUAUUUUGAUUAUACGAAUUCCAUUAUAUCCCUGAAAAAAUGCAUGAGAACAUAUCGAUUAUUGAUUACCAGCAGCACAAAUACCUUAUUUAUUCUACCCCGGCAAAGAAUAAACAUCUUAUAUGGUGCUACAGUAUGGCCGUGCAAAAUUAGAUUGUUUUUCUCUCGCUGUUAAUAAUUGAUACUAAUGUUUGAAUUUACUUUUGACUGCAAAUAUAAAUUAUUAAUUCAAUUAUUGUAGUUUGCAAAGUUUAAUUUAAUAAUAUAGGUACCUAAUAUUCUACAAUGAUUUUAUGUGAUGACGGAGAGGCUGGAACAUAUUUUAUUGAUUAGUUUCACAUUAGAGUUUCCAAACAUUAAUGACGAAAUUAUAUUUAGUAACGCUUUAUGUGUUGGUCGUAUAAUAAUAAAAUUAACGUUUUUAGAAUAUUUCUCAGUUCGACGCCCUGCAAAUUACAAAAGUUGUAAAAAAAAAAGACGAUAACGCGCAGCGUUUAAAAUUAAAUUCUGAACUCUAUUCAAAAUCAUUUUACCAUUGCUAUAUAACUACUUGCGUUAAUGUAUUUCAAAAUAAUGAUACUCCCGUGGGGAGGUGAGUGAAGCGAAACGAUUGUAGCGAAGCGAGACUACAGUAUAUACACGAGCAGUAAUUUUACAUCUCCUUAAUCUCUGUAUUUUAGUUUAUUAUUUUUAAUCCCAUCGUGUUUAGUAAGGUUCGUAUAUAACCAAAUAUCAUUUUUUUAAACAUUUUUUUUUUUUUAAUAUUUAAACCGUAUUUUUAUUACCUGUAAGAGUAACAAUUUUGUUUGAAAUGAUUUAAAGUGGAUGAAUCCUUUUAGAAAAAAUAUUAUUAUUUUUUUUUUUUGUUUCUUGUAUAUUUAUUAUUUAUCAAACGAAAAGUACUCAAUUAAAUAAAUUACGAUUUACGUGUAGUUUAGUGUAGUCAUUAAAAAUAGUAGUUAGUACGCAAAACUAACUGUUAUUAGGUACAUUUGAGCUUUGACGUUUUUUCAUAGUGAUAUUAUUUAGAUUCUGAAUGUACACAGCAAGUGUUUUAUUAUGAUGUUAUUAUUUAUUUUUUUGGUCUGUUUUAUCAAAAAUCUUGCUUAUCAACAUUAGGGGUGAUUUUUGGUAAGAAAUUUUAGUGUGAAUUUAGUUAAAAAUAGUUUCGGUUAGUGUAUUAUUAAGGAGGUAAUUUUUAAUAAUUUUUGUUGUAUAUUAGGUGUUUCUAGAUGUUGUAAAAUGUUCAUAAUAUUCAGGUGAUUUUAGAGCUAUAGUCAUUUGAAAUGUUCGCGUCUUUACUUUUUAUAUUUGUUUUGAUGUGUGGAUACCAUUGUUUAGCCUAACAGAAAUGCUUGAAAAUGUAAUGUGGCGUUCAUCAUACGAUUGUAUCUAGGGGUAAAAAAAGGUGAGCGUAAAUUUAAACGGAAACCUUAAAAAACCACGGUAUUUCAAAACACGUUUAACCGAUCCUCGUUCAGAAUCGGUUUUUAUAUUAAGACUAACUACUGUUUUUCAUGUAAAAUUAAAAGCGUACUCUCAGUUACGAUUAUUAUGUAAUUAAAUUUAUUGCUAUAUAUAUCGUUAUAAUAGCUGUUAAUUAAUAAUCUCACGAGAAAUAGUACUUGAGCUAUGAUAUUAUGUUAGAGUAUACAUCAAGCAUGAGAUAAUAUAAAAUGCAUAAUAAUGAAUUCGAUCGAUAAAACCAUAUUAAAUAAUUAUUACCAUAAUAUCCAUAUAAGAUAAUAUUUGUAAAGGAUUUUUUUUUUUUUUUUUUAUAAACCUAUUAACCUGCAAUAAAUAUUAUUCUCGAACGUACGGCUACAAACACUCCGGAUUGAUAUACAAUAGAGAUUGAAUGUACAUUAUUAUUACGAACCUAUUAUAAAUCAAUAUACAGAACGAGAUAGUGGAUUUUCAAACAGGAAAAGGCUUAUGUAAAUUUUUUUUUUUUUUGACAUGUACAACAUGUGCAUUUAUGUACACAUAUUAUGUGUAUUUACGUACGAUUAUAACCAUCAUUUUUAUUUCGCUUUUUUCAUUACGAUUGAAAAAAAAGUUUAAUCCUUUUGAUAUUUUUCAUUUAAAUUAAAUAAAUUAUUUUUUUAAAUUCAUAUCGACUAUAGUAAUACGGUUGUAUAUUAUUUUACAGAGCAAUAUUGAUAAAAAUUAAAAAAAAAUGUAGUUUGCAAUAAAGUUUAUUUUACUUGCACAUAAUAAUAAAAAUCAAAUUAUAAUACACUCAGAAUGAUGUUCAUGCGAAUCUGAAAUGUAUAAAAAAUAUUAUGGGCCGGUUCCAAUCAUUUAAAAAAAUUAAAAAAAAAUAAUAACAAUAAUAACUAAGCUUAUAAGUUAAUAAAGGAUUUUGAUGUCUAACGAAUAUUUUUUUUUGUCAACAAUCGUUUGUAUUAUAUGUUAUAUUAUGAUUAUAUUAUAAUCAUAUCAUGUGUUAAACACUACUCAUCUAGGCGUAUGAUUUAUUUCACCGAACUAUAGGUAAGUAAGAAAAUAAUAAUAAUAACAAUAAUAAUGAUAAUACAAAUAAUAUAUAUAUAUUAUUCGAAAUAAAAGCAUACGGCAAUUGUUACGAAAAAUAAAAUAUUAUAUUUUUAAAUCCCGGUAUCUACGAUUUGUAGAAAUAUAAACUUAUAUACCUGUACUAUUUCAAGUGUCCCAUAUGUAUGCAUAAUAUACACAUAUUACACGCGCAUAUUAUAAUAUCUGGAAUAUAACAUUAGAAAUCUGCGUUACAGGUGAUUCAUUCAGUAUUAUAGGUAUAUGGGACAUUGUUAAGGCGGCCGUAGAUAAAAUAUAUAUAUAUAUAUGUAUUAUGUAUUAAUAAAUUCAAAAAUCCGGCGCGUCUCGAGUGUCGUAAUAAUAUUUUAUAAUGGCGCGAUACAUACACAGACGUACUUGUCCGUUCCGGGACGCCGCUUCAUCUCCGAAUGUUUUUUUUUGUAUACCGUAGGUACCCAAUAAAAUACCAUUCCAAAACGGCAGGCACCGUUAUACGGUUUAUGUAUUAUAUAGGAUAACGCAUUUACCAGUAAUUGCUCGAGUUAAAUAAGUAUUUUUUAAUUAACAUAAACGUUUUAUGUAUAGGUACGUUAUAUUCUGUAGUUUAAUUGUGUGUGUAUAUAUACGCGUUUCCGACUUUUACUCGUUUUAUUUAUUUGUUUUUUUUUUUUUUUUACGCGUUGUCGAAUCGAAAAUACAAUUUUUACUCAACAGUCUCUUUUAUCGCGGUUCGCGAUAAAAUUUAUAAAAAUACGUUUGUGUAUAAAUAGUAUAAUAGUUCAAAUGUUUAUCGGUUUUUUUUUAUAUAUACACGUACGCGUAUAAAACACCGACCAAUAAUACAUUAAUAAUACUAAUUUAUUGUGAUAUUAUAAUUUAUUAUAGCCGAAGGAGUAGUAUUUGUUAAGCUUUUCACAAAAACAUCGUCCUAGUACGUUUGUCUACUUCUCGACUUACCGGAUCUAUCCAAUCGACGCCACCGCUACUUCACUAUUAUUCGCCAACUCCGUCAUAAUUAUAAGGCAUAUAGUUCUCCUCCAUGUUUGCUAUAUUUCUCGAGCUAUAUUGAAUUUACCCAAAGACUCUGAAACCGCGUUUUCUUUAUAAUAAUGUAGUCGUUUUGCAUUUAUUUUGUAUAUUAACAUAUUCCUCUACCAUCGGUUUUCCAAACAUGACCACAACUUAUUCGAGACUUUUACUUUUUACUAAGGCAUAUUAAAAUAUUUGGUAUUAAAAUAAAUGAUGUUAUUGUACAGCUUUUUCAUGUCUGCAAUUCUCGGUCAAAUAUUAUAGCUAUAGAGUCGUAUUGUACGCACAAGUGUACUACAAACGUACUUACCAAUGAAAAUACGGAUUAAUAUGAGUUCGCCCGGUUUUAUGGCGUGUAAAGUAAAUACAAAACGGUUUUACGCACGUCGUCGUCUUUGGCUCGUGUGAUGUGUUCUCUAUAAUAUUAUUAUGUACACGCUUCGUAAAAGACGAUUCGUCGUUGUUGUUAUUAUUGUCAUGGCGUGGCGGCGGAGAAAACGUAUCGUGUUUAUUUUCGGAGGGUAUGAAUUAAAACUUAUAUAUAAAAAAAAGGCCGUUUUUCUUCUCCUCCUUUACGCGACGGAUGCUCGUAUGUGAUUUGCCCGCGUGAAACUCGAUACUCAGCUGUUACGCCGCUUUAUAAGUAUAAUUUAUGUAGUCCCGGAGCAGUCGAGUCGAUAAACAAUUAUAUAAUUACUAUAGGAUUACCCCUGGAUUUCAAACGCGAAGUGCAUUUUUUUUCAGAUGCUCUACAGGAGACAAUGCAUUCCAAGCACAUAAUUCAUGUCGAGUCUUGUAACAGUUGUAACUGUUAUUAUUAAGUACUUAAUUCGAAAAUCAAAAGGGAAACUUUUAUUUAGUAUUUUUUUUUUUUUUCUAGCAAUUUUAUACAUUCUUAGCACUCAUCGAUUUUAUACACUAUACGACUUCUCAGUGUAAAAUAUCGUAAAACGAAUUUGUUUUCUUGGUUUUUUUUUUUUAGGUAUGACAUUGUUUUCAUCCUUACAAAUUGUGUCAAUCGUUCAAUUUGUAUGAUUUGCAUAGAUUUUUUUUUGUUGGCGUUCUUGCAGAACAGCUCUAGUUGAACAAUGAAUUUCAAGCAAAUAAUUCGAUUCACGUAACAAAUAAAAGUGAAAUUUUUGUUUUGUAUUUUCCAUUUUAAGUAAUUUUUUUUAAGGGUAUUGUCGUCGAGAAAUUGCGGUUUUUCGAGCAUUUGUCGAUAAGCAUCUGAGCCCCGGAGUAAUUAUAAUGUAUAAUUAUAUAUAUCCACGAUAUUCGUGGAAGGAGAAGACGGGAGGAAAUUCGUUUCGUGUCGUACUCUGGCGAGUCGAUAAAAACCCAACGAAUUACACAAAACACAGUUAUAUAGGUUAUAUAGGUCUGUUAUUUUAUAAUAUCACUCUACCUCUCUCUCUCUCACUCCGGCAGUUUAUUUCCGGAUAUUACGCGAUCGUCGGACAAUAAUAAUAAAAUAGCAAUAAUAAUAACAACGACCGAAAUAAUAAUAAUUGAAUGGGGUUUUCAGCAGCAGCCGAUAUUUUGUUUUUACGUGCGUCCGACCGACCGUAUCCGUUAUAUCGCUUCUUCCUCCGUUGUCGCGCGAUUUCUAUUUUCGGUUUGGCCUCGUCGUCGUCGUCGUCGGCGGGCGCUAUACAAUAAUAAUACGAACACUGCGCAGAAUGUACAUAACGUCAGUCGCAUCCUUACAAUAUUAUAUUCUAUUUGUCGCGUUGUUUGGAGAACGUCGUGAGACAGAACGGGGAAGUUAAAGUAUCUAUACGAUUCACUAAAAAAAAAUUGUGAUUUUGAUUUGAAAGUUGAACCACGUACUGUCUGUAGGAUCUGAUUAUUGAUUAUAUGUUGACACGUUUAACACAUUCAGUCAAGUCGCAUAAGGUUAAAGGUUAAAAUAUUAUGCACGGGUAUCAUUUUCCUCAGUUCGUCGAUACCCGGAACGAAUAAGACCACAAAUAUUUUAUCUGAUUCGCGUAAAAGGUAAUAUGUGAUAUGUUUAAAAUAUCUGUUGUGAUCUAAACAAUUUAUACAUUUUUUUCAUAGAAACCUCAAUUUUCCCCGACCCACGUGUAUACUUCCGUAUAACCUUUUUUUAAUACGCGUCACUAUAAUAGUUUUGAACAUAAAAUCCUAAUAUUAUUAAAAUAAAGUUACAGCAAACAAAUUUUAAGAUAAAAAAAUAACAAUUUAUUAUUAUAAUCACAAUGAUGGGUAACCGAUAAGAGGUGCUUGUGAUCAUUUAAAUUUAUUACUGAUAAGAUAAUUUUUUGUUCUUCGAACGUGAAAUUUGUAUCGUGCGAUAUCUUACAAGACCGUACGGAUCCUAUAGGGACAUCCAGUUUAAUUAGUGUGAAGACGAGUUGUAUAAGACAUAAAUAGGUAUUAAAAUGUCUCCGUUUCCGGCCCGCGUUCCCCCAAGUAUACUUUUUACUCACCUCACCACACCCGGAACACCGAGGGGUGAAAAAAAAAACCGUUUCUUUCUCCCGUGCCGCCUAUAUAAUGUACGCCCUAUAGUGUAAAAUUAUUUAUUUAAUCAGUCUCGUCGCGCGCGCGUUGGUCCCCGCGAUGGGGUGGCGUCCUAGCGCAGCCGUCCAGAGUCACGUAGUUUUGCGUCCGUACGCGGAGAAAACGGGCCGGGCGGGGGAGAACGAACUUAUAGGGAGCCGCUGCACCGGCGGUACUACUGCACCGACAGCAGCGUGUAUACACGUGUACGGGUAUAUUAAUACGAGCGCGCGGCAUAAAUACGCCGCGAAAACAAAAAAAAAAAAAAUUUCAAGCGCGUCGAAUUCGUUGGUUUUUUUUUUUCCUUCUAUUUCCUUUUCCCGGGUCUCUUCGCGCGUUAUUAUUACAGGCAGGUAUACACAGGUAUAAUAUAUAGGCGAUACGAGCGCGGCAGCGCUUUCACCCGGUUAUUUAUCUUUUCCCGCUCGCUCGCGUUGCAUGCACAACCCGCGUGGUGGUUUUUUUUUCCCUCUCUACUCUUAUACAUUUUGUUUUAUUUACUGUGUAUUAUUUCUCCGGGGAAACGCGUGAAAAACGACUUCGAUCAUUGAUUUCACCUUUAAUAUACCUACGCCGCUGCCGCGAUCGUGCACAGUGCGAACCCGCGCGCAUAAAUCGUCGUCGUUUUGUUUUGCAUCUCAUCAUCGUCUUCCGUUUGCCAAAUCGGCAAUAUACAUACUGACGUUUUAGAUUUUACUAUCCGCGCGCGCGAAAGCGUUUCUGUGUCGGAUUCGACAAAAAAAAAAAAAAAAAAACCGUAUACUCUCUCGUAUACUUUUCUCGUAUACUUGUACGUAUUAUACGCUCUUCUACUUAUAUUUUGCGUUUCCUCGCACGCAAUACCGGUAUAAUUCGUAUAUUAUGCGCGGACCCACAGUAUAUGUGCAUAAAAACGAUUCUGGAGAUUUCCCCGUGACUGCGUUUUAUCGUCGAAAGUUCUAGACGUUUCGCGGCGAAAUUAGGGUCCGCGCGUAUACCCUUUGCGGCUCUCCGAAACGUCCCGCGCGGUAAAAGUGCGUACGGCUCGUGUACAGGGUGUCUAGAAAGUUUUGAAUUUCUUUCGCGCUCGUUAUUAUCGCAGACUAUUUCAAAGAGAUAACCAUCGACCCGGAGAUAAAUAAUGACGAUAAAAUCGACCGUUAUAGCGUAAUAUUACCGCAAUAAUUGAAAUCUAUGAUAUAAAUAAUUAAACUAUACAUCGACCUUUAAACGGGACCACGUUUUGGAAUUUCGAAAACGUACACGCUGUAUUUCUACACCGUGCAGCAGUUGUAUAAUAUAGUAGCUAUAUACAUUUAGGCACUGUGUAUUCCAAUAGGAAACGAUUAUGCGUUUUAAUAACGGUAAGAGUAUUUCGGUAUUUACUCGAGUAUAUAUAUAUAUAAAUUUUAUAGUCGUCGCAUUAUAAUAAUAUGUGUGUGGUCGUUUUUUUCUAUUUUUAUUCUGCAGGGGUUAUAUAAUAUAAAGGUGCAGCAGUUUCGAUCCCGUAUGUAUAGUUGAUAUUCAACAAUAUGGCGACUCGGGUGCGAGUAGGAGCCGUGUUUACGGGGCACGAGAGCUCGGCAUUUUAUUUUUCCUACAUUAUAAUAAUGGGUAGGUAUAUAUGUUAUACGAAAUAUAGACGAGUUUUCAAUUCGAUCGAUUUCUGUAGGGUCUCGAGAACGCGAAACGCGUUUCCGCCGCGAAUAUGAUUAAUAAUCGUUUUACAACACGCGGCGGCGGCGGCGUAUGUUUCGAUUACAAAACGUUAUUCUCGCUCGGUCACAUUAUAUCGUUUCGUCCGAAUUGCAUAUUUUCCGAUACUUAUGUACGAAUACUGCACGUUAUUCUAUGUUACGUGCAUUAAAUAUAAUGUACGCCUAGGUUAAAAUCCGAAGCUCACGUGUAUCAAAAGCUUCGGGAAAAUGAGUUAUGACGACACUGUUUUUGUACGAUUUUUGAAGAUGAAUUCAAUUUCAUAAUCAAUUCAUUUCAAAACGCACGAGAACCGGAAAAGUUUCGUGUUAAAACUUUAACAAGUCCUAUAUUGGAUCGUGCGAAUUUCGAUAAACUGAAUCCUAUUUACCUCGUGUCAAAAACCACACGGUCCAUAGUAUGAAAAUUCAUAUUUCGUUUCAACAUUCUGAAAUUAUAAUGACAGUUUUCAGAUUUUUAGUCCUAAUUUCAUUUUGGAUUUCUUCAAAUGUAUACUGCGGGAAACUCUUUUCCCUGCAGAUUUUUGUUUUCUGAAAAAUGCGAUUUUUGUAACGUGUGUGCAGAAUUUUACUUUUAGCCUAUUUGUAUUCAUAUUAUGUAUAAUGCAUAUUUGCUUCCAUUGUAAAAUAAAACAUAAAAAGAGCGGUUUAAUUCGCCGAAAACCCGACAUCCAGCACGUAUAAAUUCCCCCUCCCUCGUAUAUUAUAUGAUGUACGCUAUAUCACAAAAAAAAAAAAAAAUAAUAAUAAUAAUAAAAAAUAUGUGAAACCACGCACCAAUGUCGAUAAAUCAUAUUAUAGGUAUAUUAUAAAUUAUGUGUCCAAUUAACAAAAAAAUUAUAAUUCCAUGAUAAUUAAUGCGCGUAUAAUUUAUCCGCCAUACGAACAUAUUAUAUUAUAUCCAUAUAGGUAUUAUAUAUAAGUAUAGUUAUUGCGUUUUUUUAAAAAAUUUUUUUUAUUCGCAUAGCCCGACAUAAUGUAUUUUUUUUUUUUUUAGUUUUUAAAUUGCCAGCUGCAGCUAUCAAGUUAAUAUAAUAUAUAGCUAUUAUUAUAUUUUUUUUUUCGUUUAGCAUUAUACAUGUAUACCGACUAGUAGUAUUUUACUAGGUAGGUAGACGUAUAGAUCGACAUAAUAUUAUGUUGAGCUUAUAAGCAUUCUCGACAUGAAACGGCUGAAAAAGUGAAAAAUAAACAGGCGCCACGUGUGAACUGAAUUUGUUAUAUAAAAGUCGAUUCAGAGUAUCAGAGAAAAAAGCAAUAUAGAAAAACGUUUUUGUUCUUUAUAUAUAUAGAUAGGUAGGUAUUGUGUACUUUGUGUUCUAUAUAUAAUACGCUAUUGUGUCUAAAGAAAACCCGAACGUGGUUUUAUAUUUUCGUUUCGGAAGCGGUUUUACAAAUUUUCUCCAAUUUUGUAAAAUUUUAAAAUUAUUUUUGAACUUUUAAUGACUUUUCCCAAUAAUCUUUUUAUUUAAUUGUCCGAUAAUUAUUUAAGAGGAAUUAAGGGUUACGACCGUUUUUACGACGUUUUAGAUCAUUAAGCUGAGGUAAAUUUCAACCAUUAUAGUGCUCGUUCAAUUUUAAUUUUGAAAACAUAAAACAAAUUCCUUACCUACGUUUUGUAAGAAACAUUCGUUUGGGUUUUUUUACUUAGUUUAAUUUAUUUAAAGUGCUUGAUGAGUAUAUCUUUUUUUUUUUUAUUAAAAUAAAUUCUUACUUAAAAGUGUCACAAAAAAAAAAAAAAAAAAAAACCAUCUAUAUUAUAUAUUUGUCCUAAAAAAAUAUAAAAAAGAAGUAUACAGUCAUAUUCAUUUUCAAAAUAGAAAUUGAAUUACUAUUAAUGUUAAUAACUGUUUAUUUUACUCCAACUUAUAGGUAUAAAUAUAUUAGAAUAUUAAAACGAAUCACUCGCAACCCUUAUAAGUUCGAUAUAUCACGUUAUAUUACUCUUAUCAGAAUAGUGUAGGUAGCAGGUAUUUAAAUAUUCAAAAUGCGUUUAUGCCUUUUUUUUUUUUUUUUUUUUUUUGGGUAAACUGUUAAGUGUGCAGUGCAAUACAGUAUUAGCCAGGCUAUUAUAUUAUUUUCACUUUAUAACUAGGUAUAGUAUAUUAUGCAAAUUACGAAUGUUUACCAAGGGCACUGACUUCCGGUUAUUUGAAGAUAAAAUAUUAUUAUUAUGUUUACGUGCUUUAUUAUAUUUUAGGAACAUUAACAGGGUGUGUUUAAAUAUCUAAACUUUAAGUUUGAACGUUAUACCCUAUUAAACCAGGGUCUAUUAUUUUUGUUAAAGUUUUCUCGAAAAAUGAGUCUAUAUUGUGUUUUUUUACAUAAUAUGUUAUAUAUCUUUAUCUAUUUUUUGUUACUUUUAGAUAUUUCUAGUGGCUCCCUUUGAGUCGAACUAACUAGGGGAUUAAAAUUGUUUUUUAGGCUGAUUGAAGUGAUAAAAGUUGAUUGAAUUUCAAUAUGAAUUUAAUUACGUUGUUGUAACAGAUUAGUGGAGAGUGUGUUUUAGCUUUAUACACCCUUACAGAUGCCGCGAAUUAAACCAGGGAGGGUGAGAUUUCAGUUUUUAGUUAUUUAUUAUUUUCCAAAGUUCUAUAACACAAAAUUUUCGAGGGUGUGGAAAAAUUCAUCUUUAUUGACGGAGCUCUGCUGCUCACGGGUGUUUUUCUUUAUGUUCUUCAUGUAGAUGACAUGAAAUUGUACACAUCUGAAUAGAGAAUUCAGAAGAUGAUGCAAAAUCGUAUCAAGUUAUUUGGUGACCAUGUACAUCAAUUUUUAAACGCCCUCUUUUAAGGCCUAACUUAGAUAUGACUUAGGGGUUGACCCCUCCAAAAAACCCCUCCUGUUUAUUAUUUUUUUUUUUUACAAUUUUUUACAAUACAUAUUAAAAUUACAGUAUCUUACUUCCACCAAAUAUGAUUUUUCCUUUUUCAUGAAUAUUUUUCUACGUACAUACAGAUUAUAAAGAGCGUAGUAACGACUACGUUCUUCUAAUUACCAAAAACAUAUACAUUAUUAAUCUAAGCGAAACGUUUGAAAAUAAAAAAAAUUAUUGGGAAUGUGUGGUAGCUGUUAUUAUACAGGCCUAUGUAUUAAAAAGAAAAAAAAACAAUCAAUUAUUUAUAACGGAAAGUGCGUCGACAAUUUUAAUUAUUGAAAUCGUUUUAAUACAUACUUUACUGUAUAAGGAAACCAAAAACCACUCGUUUUUAUUUUUCAAGGGGUUCGCUUAUUAUUAUUACUAUUGAUUUUUGUGCAAUAACUAAUAAUAAGUAUAUACAUAUAUUUAUAUACUUUAGCUUCGAUGACGGCUCGGGAAAACUUGUAAUUGGACACGCGCAUUUUCAUUUGCAUUUUAAGGUAAUGUAUUAUAACUACUGCUGUUCCUUCUUCUGUUGCUAGUGAGCGAAGGAAACAUGGUUAAUUUCGUGUAACACCGUUUUACCCUGAAUUCCGUUUUUUGUCUCUUAUUGUAUAUUUUUGGAGUGUAUACCUAUCUGUAUAUAGGUUGAGAGUUUAUUGUCCCAAGGAUAUACACCCUCUGAAGUAGUAUAAUAUAGUGUCACUGUAGCCGGUAGUCAGGUCACAUUCGUGCGUAUAAUAAGACAAAACUACCGAAUUUAUUCAUGCGUCUUGUGAUUUCAUUUAAACCUUCCUUUAGCGUGCGGCCGUCACUCGUUUCACACACCACACGCGACGUGUACGUAAUUUUGAAAAUUCUUUGUCGCAAAAACGUCAGACUCCUACUAUUAUAAUACUACACUGCACGUUUAAAUAUAAAAUAUUAUUAGCAAUAAUGAAAAAUAUUGUUUUACUUAUUAUCGGGGUUCGGAACUUACAGUGCUUCUAUUAAAAAAAAAAGCGCUUAAAACCUAAUAAGCUCUUUAAGUGCUAAAAUAAACAAUUUACAAAGAAAAUUAUUUAAAAGCAAAAAGUAAAAAUAAUUUUUUCAAAGUACAAAAAAAAAAAAAAAAAAAUAUUUCAAAGAACAUGUAUUUCUUAUCAUACGUUAUCUCUUUUUGAAAGAUCUGAUCUAAUCUCCUGAUCACCGUGGCAAGUUGAUAAGAUCACAAAACAAACAAUUAUACGUAUGUUGGAUCUUGGAUGAAUAAAAAAAUUUUAAUUAUUUAUUUAUUUAAUUAAUUAUUUUAAAACCAAAGCGAGGUAGGAGGGGGUUCUGUGUUUUCAUCUCUGGCUCACAUAACCAUAAAGUAGUAAAUAUUUUUUUAAAAAGCAGAAAAACUAUUAAAAAUAACUUUUUAAAAAUCUAUAAUAAGCAUAUCGAAAUAAACAAAACAUUUCAUAUUUGAAUUUGUUUUAACAUGACAUAAAUUUAUGUAGUAUUUGUCUAUAUUGAAUAUGACACGUCAACAAAAUAAGCGAACGCCAAAGUCUCGAAUCCUUUUUAUAUUAUUUACUUUUAGAAUUUUCAUCCGGAAUUUGUAAUGUUUUUCUCGUGGUGCUUAAUUGUACUUAUACUAUACACGUUUAUAAUUCUUGUAUAUUUUCCAACUGGUUUCCGAUCUUUCGAUCGGUUGGCCUCAUCCCCACUCUUCUCUGUCCAAAUCCCUCAACUCUCAAUUAGCACGUGUCCUCGAGAAUUUUUCGUUUAUUCUCCCAGUUUUCUAUAAUAUUCCGAAAUAGUAUAUUAUUAAUAAGUGAUGACGUAUAAUUAAUAAUACAGUAAAUAUGGUGGAUCCGCGAUCGUUGCGAUGCACCACCCUGUAUACCUAUAUAAACGUAAAAAAAAUAUACGACCGUGCUUAUAACAAAAGACUCCGCCUCCAAAAGUCAGUAAGCCUUAUACACGUAUUAUACUUACGUUUAUUAUUAUUAUUAUUAUUAUCAAGUUGCGUGUUCUAAUCAUUAUGUCGGUAAAUUGUCGUCCGUCCCCUAGAGAAUAUAUCAUAUAUAUACGAGAAACAAACGGGGUGAAUAUAUUUAAACACGCGUUUUGUAUUUGUAUGUCGUAUAACAAUAAACUGUUGUAGGAUAUAGGUAUUUACUAUAUACAGACCUUAUUUAUAUAAUAUACAGGUAAGUUCUGUACGAUUAUUUUAUAUUUUUCGUCGCACCAUUAUCAGCUAUUAUGUGUAUAAUCCUUUUCAUCGUCCUGCGGGGUAAUCUUCUGCUGUACACGAAAUACGAAUCGUCACUUUACACUUACAUACCUAUACAUACAUAUAUAUAUUUUUUUUUCUUAUGAUAACGCAGCUGACUGAUCUACUAUAAUAUAUAAUAUCUACCAACUGUAAUAACACAAUAAUAAGAGUUCAGCAGCUUCUCUCAUUCAAUAUAACAAUCGACCGUCCGUCCGUCCGUGUUGCGUGGCGAGACUAAUGACGACGUGCGUCUGUGUUGUUUAUUAUUACACAUACACACACAUAUAUAUAUAUAUACGUUAUAAAGGCUCGCCGUUUGUGAAUACAGAAUAUAAUAACGAUAUUAAUUAUAAUAAUAGUAAUCCUCGUCCUGAGACGUGACGGUCAGAGCACGUACCUAUAGUAUACUAUAGGUAUACUACCGACUAUAGUCGGUGGAUACAUUACGCCACACUGUAUAAUAUUAUACUGUCGACUUCAGUAUUAUAGCGUUGUUUUUAGGGAAAAAAAACUCGUCAAAAAUAUUUCGAUAUUUUUCACGGGAUAAAAUCUAUCUUUUCUUCGAUGUACUCGUAUACCUACUAUUAAUACACGCACUUAUAGAGCUGUUAAUUUAAUACAUUAUACUAUAAAAGCUUCCUUAAUAUAUUAUAUAAUCAUCCCGAAAAAUUCAUUUAUAAACACAUUAUUCAGCAUUUUAUAAUUUAUAAUCGCUUUGUUAAACACGAAACAAAUUUUGAAAAAUAGUUUUUGAUUUGUUCUUUAAAUCUAUUUGUUAUCGCAUAAUAUAUUAUUUCUUGUUUCAUACUUGUGCUGAAAAACCAAAAAUUGUUUAAAAUCCCAAAAAAGUGUGUGUAAAAAUGUACCCGUGAACAGUAGAGCGCUGUCACUAGGUUCGAAUUUUCCUCUACCAGUUUUGUAUUUUAAAACUUUGUAAAAAAUAACUAACCAAAUACUAUAAAAAUAAUACAAUUAUAUAUUAUACUACAAAAAAUGAUGACGUUUUGAUCAUAAAAUUGUUAAGGGUGCUGACUCCCACUGGGAGUUAAAAGUUGGAACCCCCUAGAGACACAUACUGGAUAUUAACGCUAUGCGCAUACAAAAUUAUUAUCCCCCUAGCUUCUUUCGGGGGUCUUUAAGGGUGCACAAAGCUAAAAAACACCCUCUUCCCGCAAUAAUAAUAGAUAUUCACUAUUUUCGGGGAAAAUUUGACGAAAAGGGUAAACACUGAAAAUAACUAAAAAUUGAAAAUGUUAAUUAAAGUUCGAAAACUGAGUUAUUAUUAUUGUUAUGCACAACUUGAAAAGUUACACAAUUUCUAUAUAUAAUACACAAUUUCUUACAGAAAGUAAAAAAAAAAUUAUAAUUUUCUACAAACUCAGCCCUAUACGGCGUAUAAGUUAUACGUAUAAUACACUUAUUGAUAAUAAUAAAACAUAUUAUGAUAUUAUUUUUACCGUAUAAUCUGUGGCAGUAUAAUAUAAUUCGAUACAAAAAAUGAAUUACGACUAUAGUGGCGUGUCUAUGAUAAAAAAAAAAAAUCAUUAAUUUAUAUUAUGCAUCGAAUCUGUCAUAUAAUAAACACUCGGCAUAUUAAAAUCACACGUUUUAUCUAUACAUUAUCUUUAUCUCGGGGAUAUUAUAAUAUAAUAUUAUGCCAACGCCCAAUGUUCAAGUCGAUUUUGGCGUGCCAGAGGUGGGGGAAAAAAUACAAGUGAUUACCGCUAUAUACGUGAGAUUCCAGGGUUACGACAUUAUCGUUCGAAACAAAAAAAGUUUAAUACGCGAUUUGUAAAAUGUUUUGUAUAAGGAAUUACAUUUACUGUGGAGCAUAUAAUUUAUAUAACGUCAUUAAUUAUGCACGCAUCGAUAACCUUGGUGUAACAUUUGACAUCUGGAGGAUGUGUCUGUCAUUAAAAAACGCUUUUACUGCGCAGACUGCCGCUGCAUUCACUGGCACGGUAAUGUACAGCAAUCCCUUAGAGACGCCAGAGAAGCAAUAGCAGCGACCGUUUAGUGGUGUUAUUUGUCAUUAUUAUUACGUGUUAAUGUGGGUUAUGAGUACAUCGCGUAUUAUCCGAUUAAAAUAAUAUUUUCUUCGAAUUUCUCGGACGGUUUUUUUUUUUAAUUUACGGUGUUAGUUUUUUUUAUCAAUACUAUGUAUAUAUUGUAUUAUUAAACAUCUCCACCUAUUGUUGUCUGCCAACUUUGAAUAAUAAUUAUAUCAUAUAUGUAUUAAUAAUAAUAUUAUUACAGUCGCGUGCAGUGGUGUUGAACGCGCGGCCAAUGAACGAUUAUCGUUUUUAAAAAAAUUGUAUUAUCUUUUUAUUGCACGCAGUUACGUAUGAUGCGUUUUGUGUUAACAGCCGUAAUUGUCAUCGUAUAUUAUACAGUAUUAAAAAAUAUCAUAUUAUUAUGAUACCUAUACACAAUGUGUGUAUUAUUAUAAGUUAUAACGUGUCGCUUACGUAUUGUAGCAGCGCGUAUCUAACAGUUUUUGUAAUUGUAAAUGAUUUUCGAAAAACAUUAUUUAAAUGAUUUAAUCUCAGCCAAGUUUAAUACUGGUAUAUAUAAUGUUCAGUUAAUAUAUUUUACACUGAUAAUGUAUUGUUCCUUCUCAAUGUUACAAUAAUAUUGUCAUGCGUUAUAGGCUAAAAUACGUUAUGCUGACACAAUGUUUUGAUAUUAGUGGUUAUCAUUUUCGUGUUUAGCAGUAUACACUAAAAAUUGCGAAAAUUAACAAAAGUGAAUUUUAUAAAAAAAAAAAAAUAUACAACAAAAUUUCGAUAACGUUUGUUUUAUUAAUAUCGAUAAUAAUCGCAUUUUAUUGUUGAGAUACGUGCUGUUGCUGUUUAAGCGACGAUAUUACAGUACAUAUUAUACAUACAAAGUAUCUAUAGUCGUGAUGCGUAUUUUAUCGUAACGGGGACAAAGUUUCGUAUUUAUCUGCCGCGGUAAAGUUCGUGUUUGAAUUUUCAAACAGUUAUAUUAUUUUGUUAUUUACGUAAUGAAUUUAUUCGUUUUUAUGUCUGAGCACUAAAUCUAACCUACCUAGGUAUUCGCUCGUAAUACGCCGUGUGACAGUGUUUUAUGACCUCGUUUUUGGAUUUUGGUUCUCUUCCAAAUGUUUGAAAAAUGUUCUGUAGAAUUCGUUUUGUUUUGUUUGUUUUUUUACGUACUCGCGUUGUACGGUUCCCCGCAACCGUGUGAAAAACGUAUUAUUAUUUCGCCUAUCAUUUUAAAAUCUCAAAUGUUAAUAUUCGCGACAGUUUAAUAUUAUAUUUGCCGAUUGUUCCACUCUAACAGUAAUACACAUACAAAUAUUGCAAAUAUGUAGAUUGUAGUUGUAUAAUGUAUACAUAUAUAUAUAUAUAUACAGUGGCACCGAAAUAGUUUAAAAAUACUCGGACAGACGAGCCCGAUUAUUUUAUUAUAUAACAUAUGUUAUAAAUUAUAAUAUAUUAUUCAUAAUACUUUUUUUAUAGUUAUAUUUUCUACAAAUACUACUCAUACUUACUAUGUAUAUUUUUCACCACCCACCAUCAAUAAAUUUGGUCGGUAUUAUUAUAAUUUGAUCUGUAUCCCGAUUUCGGCAUCAAUGUAUAAAAACCAUUAAUUAUCGGGUGUAAAAUAAAUAUUACAAAAAUCUAUUUAAAAAAGUUACCUUUUAAUCGAAAUUUUAAUAUCUUUGAUGCAAAUAUUAUCUAUUUAAAAAAAAAUAUAUAUAUAUAUAUAAAAUAAUACGGUUUUCAAAAACACAUAUAAAUACCAAACUUCGCUCCGAAUCGUUUUUCGUUAGUAAGGUUUAUUGUAGAUAUAAAUUAAAUAACUUAAUGUAUCCUACCUUGACAAUUUCUCAUCUAAAAUAGUGACACCCAUCCCAGUAUCAGCUUUUUUUCUCUGUCUUUUAAUCUACAUGUACGAGAAUCUUGUAUAUUAAAUAUGUAAUACUGUAGUAAUUAUCGAUUAAAACUUAUGCAUUAUGUUAUAUUUGUAUAUGUAGAUAUACAGUAUAAUUACUUUAUCAUGAGCUAGUGAAAAUUUUGUGUAAAUUUGAUUUUGGGAUAUUUUCAGGCAUAAUACACAGAAUCAUUUAAUGAUUUUAUUAAAUAUUUUAACAAAAAUUUCACCAUAUUGUAUAAAAACGUAUUAAUUUUUUACUUUGAAAUAGCAACUCAUUUUACUUUUUAAUUUUUAAUCACUCGGUAAUAUAAUAUUUUUAUCAACGUUUUGAUAGAAAAAUAUUCACUUUUGAAUGUGAGUCUAUUAAAAACUAUAUAAUAAACAGGGAUUAUUAUUUGAGUUGUGUUUAUGUGUUUACGAAAUAAAAGGGGUGACAUUUUGAAAAUGUAUCGAUUUUGUCGUAUCUAUAAUCGUUGGCUUGUGAUUAAAUAUAUUUCUAUCAUAAUAUACUACGAUUAUUAUAAUGUAGAAACGAUUGAGUGGGGCGUAAAAAAAGUUUUUUACUUUCGUAUACGAUGAUGGAUUUCGAACUUUUUCGAAAUGCCCAAGUGUACACUAUCAUAUUAUAAUAUUGUAUACUUACAGUUACACGCCCACGUAUUUCAUAUUUAUAUACAAGAAAAUAUGUAUAAUAUUACAUUAUUUGUAUUAUAUACUAUAUGCGACGGACAUUUAUAUGUGUACAUCAGCAUCAUCGGGAAUAUUUUUAGGUAUAUUGUGUACGAGUAUAUAUUAUACACGGAGAUAUGGUAAAUGCAAUAACUUGCCCUGUUCGAUAUUUUAAAAUUUUUUUGUAAAAACCAUUAGAUAUUUUUUUAUGGUUUUUUUUAUACUUCAUGUAUUUUUUAAUAUAAUCCAACAUGUUUUAUACAUUUAUUUCGCAAUACAGUUUUGAUAUUUAAAAAUGGCAUUGAUGAAUCAGAGUGGUUUACUAAUGCUAAGUCACUACAAUUAUUUGAGGUUUAUAAAAUUAUUUUACUUUGAAAAAUCGGUGAAUUCAUUGAUAUCAUUUAGUAUAGUUUGGUAUACUUCCCAUGGCAAUGGAAAAUAAUAUAAAUAAAUUGUCGUAAACUAUUGUACAAAUUUUAGAAAAUUAAAUGACUCGUUAAAUUUUUGUAAUGCUGACACUUUUCCCUCAAAAUAAAUUUAUAAAAUGGAUAUUUUGAACUUUGUAAAAAAUACAUUUUUCUUAAAUUCAAAAUCCGAAAUUUUUAAUUUUUUAGUUUUAGAAAAAAAAAAUUAAAUACUAUAAAAAUCAUAGUCCAAGGCUUUAUAGUAAUUAUUACAAAAAAGAUUAAUUUAAACAUAUUCAAUGAAACACAAGUUAAUGCGUUUGUGCUCCGUGGGACGCUGUGUAUAAAAGUAUAAAAUAGGUAUACAAUUAUAGGUAUAAAAUUCCUAUACAGUCUGUAGACCGGAACAUGUGGAUAUAGGUGGUUUUAGAUGCGAAAGAAAGAAGAAGGGGCGGUGAUAGGGGGAGGGCGAGUUGAAGGCUCAACGCUUGGGUAUUUUUACGUUCGAAAAAUACGUGGGCUACUUAUACAUCACGUCGCAGACUCGGCCAGCCAUCUGGACGGAUGUCAAACUGUCCAGAAACCAAAGUUGCCGACGCGGCAAAAGAGCUGAGCUUAUAGCUAUACGAGUUGUUGUGUGUUUGGGUGACGGUGAGAAAAAUCUAUUAUUACGACUCGUCAAAUUUUGUCGUAUAUAUAUACAGGGUGCUAUACAUAAUGGACAAUACAACAAGGAGAAAAACGGUUUAUUUUAUUAAAAUUAUUAGGUAAUCUCAUUAUAUUAAAUUGUAUUUUGAAAAUGUCUUCGAUGAUGGCGGUCUUCAGCACCACUAUAAUGUUAAAGGCGAUCCCUAUAUUUUCGGCACAUAUUGAUAGGUCGCCGACCGCCGUGAUUUUUUUAAUGAUUAGCUUUUUCGGGUUUUCCAUAGUAUAUGGAUGACGUUUGAAACCCGUAGACUAACUAUAGCUUCCAAAGAAAACCAUGCUCAAAUCAGUUAAGCAUAAAAUACCGAUGUGAAAAGAAAAGCCUCACUCAUUGGCGAUAAUUGAAUGGUUAUUUUUCAUAAUUCAUGCAGAUAAUUAAAAACGAUUAAAAAAAGAUCGAUCUGCUACUCAUUCAAUGCAAUUCUCUUUGAUCAGCAUCAACAGUGCCGCCCGAAUUACCCUUCCCCACCACCAUCCCAAAUAGAAAACAACACUACGAUUUUAUCAUGCCAGGCCACGCCGUUUUAUGCCAGGAUUCAAAAAUUUACAAUGCCUAUAUAAAUAGAUAAAAAUAAAUCACUAGAAUAUUUUGAUUAAUUUGACCUCAUAGAUAAGAGACUAAUAUAAUAAUAUAUGCAUUAAGUAGCCGAUGUAAACAUUUCAGAUCUUUACGCUAAUUUUUUUUUUUAACAAAAUCACAACACAAAAAGAAAAUCUAAAAUAAUAAAAGAAAACCAUUUUUCCAUUUUUUCAACUUUUUCUCCAUUUUUAGGAAAAAUAAAAAAAAUCGAUGAAAAAAAAAAGUCCCUUGUCAAAACAAACUUGUCAUCUACCUAUUUAUUAACGUGUAUUUAAAUAAUUAUAAACAUAUUUGUGCAAAACAAUUCUCAAUAUUUCAAAUAACAUCACUAGAUGGAUGGGUGGGAGGAGAGGGAAUGGAAAACCUGUCGAGCAGUUCAAAGUGUUCAAUUCAAAUUCGAUCGUCUGCUCCGCCACACCCUGUAUAUAAAAAGUACAAUGUGUGCCGCUGGCGGAGUGUUGCUCGGUUCUAAAUUUAAUAGUCACGUGCUGACCCGUUCGCAUUAGGCAUGUAAUAUGACGGACGAAAACAGUUAGUGACACUCGUGGACCGCGCGUGAAACGACCGAUCAUCAUCAUUGUUCCUAGUUUUUUCCCCCAUUUUCUUCAAUUUUUUACUCGUCCCAAACAAACGUCGUCGUUUGUAAAAUAUUCGUUUUUUCUCCUUGAUAAUUUCAUACUGUAUAGUAUUGCAUACACACACUCGCGUGCGAUCACAUGAUUUAUUAUUGUUUUUUUUUUAUCGGACGGUAAGUAGGUCACAUAAAAAAAAAAAAAACCAAAACCAAAACCAAACCGUUUUCGAAUAAUACGUGCGUGUGGAUAAGCUCGACAACAAUGAGUAGAACUGGGUAAAGUCAAAAAUCACAAUAUGAUAUUUUGACUAGAACCAGGUAGAUAAUACUAUAUUAUGAUAGGUAUUAUUAUAAUAUUUCAAAUCAAAAGAAAACAAUUUUUUUUCUGAAAAUUUACUAUUAUUUUUUCAACCAAAUUAAUAAUCCCUCAUAUGCAAAAUAUAAAUUUUUAAAAUCUAAAAACAUCACGGUUAAAUUAUUUUCAAAAACCAUCGUUCGAAAAUCAUCUUGUCAACGAGAAGUAUUUGUGUGUAUAAUAUGGUAAACGAUAAACGAUUACAAUAAAAUAAAAUUCCUUGAGGAGUACUUUUUUCGUGGCCUUUAUCGUUUUUCGAAUUCACGUCACGUUAACGUACUGCUACGGUCGUUGUAUACGAUUUUUCCUUUAUUUGUCGACGUUGUGGUUGUUAUACACAGAGUUGAGUUCAAAGCGAGAUACUGCAGCCGACUAUUGUUCGCCGUAAAAAAAAAAAAAAUAAUAAUAAAUAAUAAAAUAAAACCUUUGUGAAAUAUUUGCAUAUUAUAUUUAUACUCAAAAGCUCCGUACGAUUUAUGCCGACUCUAGUUUGACACCAUGGUUCAGUAGCUAUAGCUUUUUUUCGCAUAUUAUCCUUUGUAUAAUAUAAUUUUCGACAACCCCCUCCCCCUCAUCCACGUUAUUUGCCAUUUUGCUCUCGGCAGAAUGUUGUUUGUCGCAGAUUUAUAAUAUACUCGUUUUAUAGUGUAGUAUCCCGCAGGGGAUCCAAAGAGAUUUUCUAGAGAUGAUACUCUUAUUAAAAAAAUAUAUUAUAUUCGACACCGUUUUUUUAUUUUAAAUUUGUAUUUUACAUGGUACUCUAUAGGCGUGCACCGCAUUAUUAUUAUCACCCACAUAAUAUUAUUUUUCAUCAUGGAUUUAUACGGUUAUAGUGAUUUAAAUAAAUAAAAACAAUUUUCAGUUUGCAGUUGGAUACACAUUUUUCUGGAAUAAACAUUGCCGCGUGCUGCUAUCGUUGUUUACAAAAACAUCUGUACACGUAUAUAAUAUUAUACUUAUUGUAAUAUGCGUCUGCACGAACGAAUCGACUACGUACAUACAGGGUGAUCGUUUUAUAGAAUCGUUUUAACAUCGUGUUAUUAUUACCAAUAUUUUUAAACUUUCACCUUUAUUCAGGAUAUCGUAUUACAUAAUAUUAUUAUUAUAAAUCAUAAAGUUGAUAACAAAUAUUUAUACCUGCAGUAUUUUAUCAUUCAAACCGUUUUAAAAUUGUGAUAAUGUUUUAAUCUUUUAAUAUAAUGUUUCUCACUCUCCAUCUGAAAAAAAGCUUAAAUUUCAAACUAAUUUUAGUUCAAUUAUGUUGUAGUCAUUAAAUUUAUAUUCUUUCGUUACCAAUUUUAUUAUUGCGGUAAUCUAUAUGUUGAUUAUUAGUUUAAACAAUUAGUGAUUUUAAAUGUUUACCAAAAGUUGUUGACUUCCGAAAGUACAACAGUCAACUUGCGUUUGAUUUGCAACCCAAAGUAUUUUUACAAGGAGCAAAAUAUUCGGGCCAUUUCUACUACAGAAAAAAGAAAUAUAAUAACAAUAAUACAGCAUUAUUGUAAAAACAAUACAUAUCACGCUUCCUUUAGAAUAUAAUUUGUUUUGUAUGUUUAAUAUCUAAUUAAUUUUAAAUAAUUAGGUAAUUAAAACAAAAACCGGACGUUUUAAACAAAAUAUGUGUAAGAACCGCGACAAUGCGUUGACUAGAUAAAAUUUGAUUUCAAAAAAGAUGCUACACUUGAAAACCGGAGUCAAAUUUCCGGUAAUAGAGUUUAUUCACUCAGACGGAGAAAAAUAAAACCCGUCAAAUUGAACCCAAUACAUUGCCGGCUAUAACAACUAUGCUCAGAAUGCAUUACCAAAAUUAUGGUGACUGAUAAUCGAGAUUUUCGCGGCAAGCAUUAUAACCGUGCCAUCCAAAAUUCACCCGAACGACGGAUUUGUUGAAAAGUUGUCGCAUACUUGAAACAUCUGGAUUGCGUUGAUUUGCCGAACGCGAGAUUUUAAUUGCAACGUUAUUCCUUAUCGCGCGCAUAAGAACUAUCCAUCAGAACAAUCGAUACAAAUGUACGGGGUUGCGUCCGAUGGAAAUAUUUCAUUGGCAAGGCCGUUGAGUUUCGGAACGAGAUCCAACGAUAAAACCAUGUAUCAAACUGUUGAGUUUUGAAAUGUAUAUAAAUAUUAUUCUCGUUUUGGAUUGAACGUCGCCGAAGGAAACCUGAGGCCGUGCGUGGCGGAUUCGCGACGAUAAAAUAACCGUUCUGUAUACCUGCUAUACGUGCAGCAGCAGCGAUAAUAUGCUAUUCUUUUGAACGUGUGCUCGCGGCUCGUCGAUUCCGGAGGGAAAGCUAAAAAUCCGUAGGGGAGCCCCGUGCGCACCGGAUGAAAUGCCCGACGGGCUCUCUCCGCGACCCUUCGAUUUAUACGAUAAAUCGCGUGUGUCGCGUACGAUUCGUUUAAAGUCAACGCCCGUACGCUGCAACAAUAAUAACGGUACGACGCGGUUGUUUCGUCCGGACGUGUCCCGUGUAAACGUUAUUAUUAUAUUGUUCCGUAUUGGCGUAUAUCGGACGUUUCCCGAUUUAUACGUCUGGUUUUUGGGGAGAUGCGAAACAAACGCAAUAAUAUAUAUAUACACACACACAUUAUAUACGUCGCAGGGGAAAAAAAUAAACAACGAGGUAAUUUCACCCGGCAUUUUAAUGGUUUAGAACUUCUUCGACCCCGGUAGGGUAUAGGGAGAGAUAUUAUAUAUGCGUCUGCGGGCUUCCGUACAAAAGCAAAUCCACCGACGUACGCAUUUCUCAUUUCUAUUUCUCUCCUCGCCGUAUAAUAAUAGGCACGCGCGUGUAUAAUUUGCGUGUUCACGUGUUAUGUAUAUAUGUGUGUGUGUGUGUGCGUGUACGUGUGUGUGUAUAAUUUGUAAGACAUUAUGUAUCGUACAGGGUGAUCGACAGAGUACGCGAAACACCGAUUAUCUCUCGGAAAAUAUUAAAUUUCCAUGCAUUUAAUACAGGUUGUUAUUUGAAAAUCAAAAUCGGGUAUAGUGAUUUCAUUCCCGAAAAUGAGGAUGACAAAAUCCAACCGGUAAUGUAACGUUUUAGAGCGACUCUUUGUUUCUUUAAUUUCUUUAAUUAAAGUCAAUUUCCGAGACAACGAGUAUCUUACGUCGUUAUGUUAUUCACCCUGUAUUGUAUCGGAUGAUGAUUUAUUGAAACAUAAUAUGAUGGCGUUGUUCACGCGGUGUUUGCUGUGUGUGCGCAGAGCGGCUUGAAAACGAAACUUAUAAUAUACGCGUGGCGAUAUGAAAUUAUAUUCGAACAGGAAAAGGGAUACGAGUAUCGUGGGACGGAAAAUACCUCUACUUCCUUCGUUAUGGAAAUAUUUGCUCAAAAUUGCGCAUUCAAAUGUAAACUUAUUAUACAACCGUGUGUAUAAUAGUUAUUGCAUAAGACUGCGUGUUUUCGGUGUAUUUAUACUGUAUUAUGCUGUAUACUAAAUUCAGAGGCGGGUUGAGGUAUUUGAUUUGGCGAUUCAAGUAAUUUAAAAUAAUACCUAUUGCUCCCUAUCCCGUAAGAAUACAGAAUACAGAAUACAAUUUAUUUUUCUACUAUUAAAUUUUAUAUUAAUAAUCUUGCUUUUAUACGGGAAAAAAAACUAUCAUCGUGAUGUUCACUCCCUUUUAACACGUUUACCAUUGAUUAAAUAAACAAUUUACUAAUAUAAUUACGGGGCUUUAAUUUAAAUCACAACAAUUGCUAUAAAAAAUUUUUAAAUCGGCGGAAUUACAAAAAGAAAAGUUUUACUUUUAAAAUAUCCGUCACGUGUGUGUAAAUCGAAUUAUGUACGUGGAAUACAUAAAACGCAUUAUGUUAAAAACUAGAACAUCCCUUCCCAGAAAAAAAUGCACUUUACAUUGGAAAACUGGCACUACACGGUGUAAUUAUAAAUUGUAGGCUACAUUCCAUUAUUAUAUUUUAGUUUUAAUGGAAAAUACAAAUCGUCGCGAUCCGUACGAUAUGCAUGUGUGGCAAUGCUCGUAUGUCUUAAUCGAGUUAUUGUGUAACUUCGUAUAUUAUAAUGGUUGUUUAAGUGAAUAUGUUAAAUUUCACCUUUUUUUUUAAUUUUUAUAUCGCGUUUAUAGUAGGCCUACUAUAUAUACUACAAUUGAGAUUUACACACAUCGGGUUUUGGGCAUGACGUUAUUAUUGUUUACAUUCAUUAUAAUAUUAUUCAUUUACAUAAUCCAGACAAAUUUACUUACCCGUAUAAUUUUUACGCGCUGCAAGUCAAAUUUACGUGUAGACAUUAAAGGUAUAUUUUAAUACUUUCCAUAUACGCCUAUACUGUUUGUACCUGUAGCUAUAUGUAUAAUGUUUAAUAUAUACAUCACAAAAACGCGAAAAUUCGAUAUUUGUAUGGAAAGUUUUUAAUAUGUACUUACACUGUAUGUUUUCGAUUGUGAAACGAUCAUUAUUAUGCCGAGUUUAUAUGUAUAUACUGCAGUAAAAUGUUAUUUUCGUGUUUUAGGCGUAAUAGAAUUAAAUUAUAAUAAUAUAUAUACGAUGUGCCUAUAUCUGCUGCUACUAUCAAAUUACGAAUUAAAAUACAUUAUACUCGUGUGCUAUAUGUUUGAUCUGUAAAUAAAAUUCUCAACCUGAUUAUUAUUAUUAGAUCUACAUGCAUCAUACCGUGUAUGAAGACAUGCAGUAUACAUAGAAGUUCUACAACUAUACAAAGUUUAUUCGCUAAACGGAAUACGUAUCCGACUCGUGGAAUAUGUGGCAAUAUAUGAUGUCGGUAGGAAGAGCUAUUCAAAGUGUACACACGAUAUAUUGUGCCUACGGGAGAUAAGAUACCGUAUAAUAUAUAAUGUGUACUAACAAUAUUAUUAUAUUACGUCUUACUGAGUAUACUAAAACUAUAAACUAGUCGACUUGGAUAGUAUGCCUGCAGAAUUAGAUUCUGAUCGUUUUUUUUUGUGUGUACAUAAAAACACAUUUUCCCCUCAGAAAUCCGGCUCUGAUUGAAAACUUUAUAGGAAUUUUCUUAUAGGAUUUUUGAUCUAAUUAUUGGUACGUCGGGAGGUAAUUUUUUGAUUUUCCUUUUAGUUUUCUUAAUAAAUAGAAAAAACUAGCAAUUUUUAUUGAUUUUUGGAUUAUCUUAUUAAAGAAACUAGGGAAAAAAUACGACUAAUAAUACUCUGUUCAGAAUAGUUUCUUGAGAUCAGUGAUAUUAGUAUGCACUUUCAAGACGUGGUGUACGAUUUUCAAAAUAUUCUGUGCUUUUUUUUUUAGGUAUUAUUUGAUUUUAUGUGGAUACAAUUUUUAUCGGUUUCAUAAAAAUGCUCCAAGUUUUGAUACGACGUUUAUCGUUUUUAUUUUUCUUAUUAUGGCACUAUAAAAAACCAUACAAAUGGAUAAGUACAGGCUGUACAGUUAUUUAUCGUAACAAAUAACAAUAAAAAAGCAUUCCUGUAAGAUGUAAUGUACGUAUUAUUGUGUGUAAUAUACAUAUUAUAUACAUUGUGUGUGACAUUGAUUUAACUGGCAUUAUAAUUUAAUAUAUUUAUUUGUACGCGUUUUGUUUCAGACUGAACUAUCACUAAAUCUCCAACAGUUAUCGGAAAAAGCUCGCACGACUACGGAGUUCAUACAGAGGCUAAAACAAAUGUCAGAAAAACUCAACGUAAGUACAUUUAUUGUAUAGUACAUAUUAGUAUAUUUUUGCAUUUUUUUUUUUAAGUGCUUUGAGUUUCGAACCCUGUUAAUUAAUUUCAAGUCAUAUUGUAAUAUCGAAUCUACGACGGCCUUAUAUUUUGCACUUGUCGAAUAAUUCGACAAGUUUAAUUAUUGCUGCAUCUGCCGUCUUCAGAUAUUAUAUAUAACGAAAGUCAAUUGAAAAACAAAUCAAUUCGAGGAAUCAACAGAGCUGUAUAAUAAUUAUUAUUAUUAGACUUGUAUUAAUAUACAAUAUGAUUGAUAAUAUACAAGUCAGUAGUAUUUCGUAUAAUUGAUUGACGCGCUUCGGGACCAUAGUUCACUCGCAAUUAAACUGAGUUUAUUAAUUAUGACUGCAGUACUAAAAGACGUUGGUUUUUUUUUUUGACGGGUUACCAGAACGCAAGUACGUGAUACCGUGCUAAAUUCAGUGCGGUUAAAAACACCAAUCGCAUAAAAUCAAACGAGAUAAAGCCUUUAAAUGCGGUUUUAAAUUAGUUGAAUUUCAUAAAAUUCAAUAAAAAAAACCUUACGAGCCGGAAAUAUUAAAUGCCUAAAAUUGGUACCUACUCGUCAGUAUUUUUCCACGUCUAUAAAACGAUAAUAUAAUUAUUCUGUGAAAAUUUUAGUUCUCUAUAGUAGGUUUUAACUGAUUUAUACUAAAUCGAAAAUAAUGAAACCGUUUCUAAUGCUGUAAACUUGUUCGGUUUUCCCAAUUACUAAGUAAACUGUAUAGAAAAUGAAAAAUGACUUACUUAGGAACCAACUAAGAAAAGACACUUAUCUUGAAAUUCGAAUCCAGGUUUCUGCGAAUCAUGGUAAAAAAAUAAAAUUGAAAAUAUUGGAACGCUACGCUCAGAAUCCAAAAAAAGUACACAUCAUAGGAUAACCAAUACAUUCCUCGUUUCGCCAUAAUCUAAACAAAAAUCGAAUACGGUUUUGUAAGUUGUCAUCUACCGACAACCACGUUUUAUAGUGGGCAUCUCUAAAAUCCCGUUUAAGGGUAUAAGUAUAUGUUUAUACUUUUGUCUGUGUUGCGUGAAUACAUAUUUUUCGAAUUAAUUUGAUGAUUACACGCGUAAUAAAAGGACUCGCGAAAACCGCGCGCACAGGACUAUGUCUUGUAAAUUUGAAUAUUUUUAACAAAGAUGGACUGACUCACUAUAUUUUCUACAAAUACAGUGGGUCAGUGUUUUAAUAGGCCUAAUAUGGCAUUUCCUUUACAAAAUCAUGUUUAUUUUAUUUUUUAAUCGUUUUAACAAAUAUAGAGCAAAACAACAUUAUUAUCUUACCUUCACGUCAACAUAAUUUAAUUUAAAACAAUAUCAAACGAUAUCGGUAUACAUCAUGGUACGAUGUCAGGGCGAUACCCGGCGUAGCAUCAUCCGACAAGAAUUUUAAGUUUCAAAUAUUAAUUUCAAGUAUUUAUUUUUUAUUUGUUUGAAAGCGAAAUGGUAGUAGACUUUUUUGAUGGUUAAUGGAAAAAUAGCGGUUCGGAACCCGUGCAUUUUUUUCACAAUUACAACAUUGACUGGACCUGUAGGCUUUUUGGGGUCCGAUUAUUUUCUUGAACAGUAAGCUAAAUUCUGCCCUGCGGUCCUCCCUUGACUUUUGAGUUGAUUAUUAGUUGAUAUUCGUUUUUAAAAUAAAAAUGUAUUUAUUGUACAAGUUCAAACCCUUAAAUACCGGUUGCGUGAUGUGACGACGCGUCGGUAUAAAAAUCGAAUUUCGACUCGAUAUUUUAUAUAUUUAAUGUAUACGACAUCGUGUCGUUGUCUCAUAUACACGCGAAAAGUCAAAACACGUACAAACAUAAUACAAUAUAUUAUAUUUUACACAUACACCAUAUGGUUAUGAAACAUGCGACUUGACGUUGCUGCGCACGUAACGACGUAACAAUAUACUAUAGUGUUGUGCAUGUAUAUGUAUUGGUGGAUCCCAAUUUUUCGAAAGGGUUUGUGCGCGGACUACGGGGUGAGGGACGUGAAAGUAUCGUCAAGGAGAGGUCACGGGAUUGUUGUUAUAAUAUUAUCUUAUAAUAUAAUACGUAUAUCAAAUAUAAAUAAAUAAAUGUAAUGUAGCCAAGAAAACGUUUACAUUGAUUGUAUAUCGAAAGAAAAACACAUUUUAUAGUGAAUAGUUGAUGGCAAGUUUAAAAACAUCUUAAAUAUACAGACCGAUUUCAAACAAACUCGUAAUAUUAUAUUAUACAUCGAUAUUUUUUAGGAAAUAAAUAAAACUUCUUUGUCAUCUAUGCCACCUGGCCGUUCAAUCUCUUCUAAUAAAAUUGGUUUACUUCCUGUGUACUUCCUAAUUUUUUCUUUGUUGAUUUUAUAUUUUGUUGUGUAUUGUUUUUUCGAUUUUGUUGUUCUAUAUUAUCAAACGUUUUUAAACACAGCCAAUAUAAUAAUACUUCGGACUUGGUUUUGUUCUUUUUCUAUGUACUUUUAUAUAUUUAUUUAUUUGUAUUGUAUAUUAAUAUAUGUAGUUAUUUUUAAAUUCUGAGUGUACCGAAAAAUGUAUUGGUUUUACUAAAAUGUUUAUUUUUUUAAUUUUUUUACCCUGUGUACAAAAAUUCUACCAGAAAUCUUCCUCAGAUAUAUACGCACGGCACCAUUUUUGAAAGAGAAUGUUGUCCAUAUGGUGCUCUUAGGUCAUUUUUUGAUUUUCCAAAUCAUAGCGGUUCUCAUAUCUGGGAAAAACUAGGAUAAAACGUAAGAAAAACGGGAAUUUCACGAAAAUAAUACUUUUUUUUUUAUAUUUCAAUUUUGUUAUUUGUUGUAAUUCAGUUAAAAAUAUUUUUAGAGACUUGAAAUUUAGACGAACAACUUAUAUUUGCCUUUUCUAAACGUCAUACAAUUUUAAAAAUAUUCGAAUCAUUUUUAGGCUUUUUAUAAAAAUUGUUUAACAAACAUGAAAAACCGAAAUAAACGGAGGAAAAAUGGGAAAAUGUACAAAAUAUAGGUAUUGGCUUAAAAAUAUUUCGGCCUUCAUUUAUUCUGUGAAAAAUUUUUCUUCCAGCAAUUUUGCUCAGAUUUAUUAUUAUAGCACUUUUUUUGAAAGGAAAUCUGACUAGGAAGGUACUUAAGGAGGUCAUUUUUUAAAUUUCUCCAAGAAUUUUACCAGCAAAUGUAAAAAACCAUGGGAAAACUGGGAAAAUCGGUACAAUAUUAAAAAAAUAUUGUUAAAAAAAAUACAUAAUACCUAUUUUAAUCAGGUAUUUUACCAUAAUAUGACAUAUAUUGUUGACAAAGCAUCACUAUCAACUGAACUGCGCUCAGAAUCGUUUUUUCUUUAGUAAUGGUUUAUUGUUGCUCACAGAUAUACAUUAAAUUACUUAUAACAGUGGCUGCACCCAUCUCCAUUAUCCUAGGACGUCCUUUUUUUUUCAUAUAAUUGAUUUUUUUCGACUUUUAAUCUAAUAGAGUUAUUAUAUAUAUAUAUAAUACUUAUACUUUUCAGGGCGAAUGUGAAGAACUGGAACGUCAAGUGGAUGCGAGAUGUGACGCACUGAUACGGUCUAUCGAGAGGCGGAGACAGUGGCUGAUCGACGCGGUACGGCAGGACAAGGAGACUAAACAGCGGUCGUUGAAAGAGCACGUGGCCAGUUGCACGUGCAAGUUGCAGAAGACCACGUCCCUGUUGCAGUUUUGUAUCGAAGCGCUCAAGGAAAACGAUCCCGUUUCGUUUUUACAAGUAAGCACAGCAGUGUCCGAUACUAUUUUUCAUACAUUCAGAUGACUGUAUAAUGGUAAAUUCUGUAGGCGUUGCUCGAUAUUUACGCUCGUAUAGAUAUGUAAAAAUCACUAGCACCUAACCUAGGGGUCGCGUUUCAGGAAAAAUAUCAUAGUGUAUUUUGAGGGUUCAAUAGGAUCUCAGGCCAAAGACUUACCUAUUUAGAGACUCAAUAUAAUUUUCUUUAUAUAGAGUAGUUAAGCUAGUUGCCAACUCUCUUUUUGAAUCACUAUAUUGAUUAUGAUCCACAUACCGUGGAAUUUCCGGCGAAAUUUUCUCCACGAUCUUGCUUACAAUUUUCAAAAUAUUGUGACACUUGAGUUAUUUAUAGUUAUUUGAAAUUUCCGAUUCUUUUUGUAUUUGUAUUUUUUUUUUUUUGGUUUUAUAUCAAUAUAAAACAAUUUUUAAAUAAUUGCUAAACUCUCAACAAUUUAACAUACUCGUUUGAUAAAACAAUAAUACACCUAAAACUGGGUGAAGGGGUGGAGGCCGGAGUGUUUUUGCUCAUAAUUUACAAUUUACAACAGAUACGUAGCCGUCUAUAUUUAGAAAUGCACAUAAUGUAUGACGUUCGUAUACCAUAAUUUAGAUUCUGAGCGUAUUGUUUAAUGUCACUAAUUUAAAACAAAUUAUAUUAAUACAAUGCUAUUAUUCGAGUUUUCGGAAGGUAUCCGUUAUCCGUCUAUAUUUUACAGCUAGGCGAGAAGCGCGAGAGUAAUACCCCGACGUAUCGCCACUGCAUUAUAUUAUAAUAUAUGCAGGGGUCACAAGAAGUCAUUAUGUUAAUAAUAAUGAUGCUAUGUAAACAAUUAAACGCUCAACACAUGCUGUAAAUGCGAACUGCAAUCGUGCACGCAAAAUGACCGACUGCAAAAUAAUUUUUCCUUUAUCGUCUUGUUUUUUUUCCCUGUUACUAUUCAGGUCGGGUCCAUGUUGAUAGCCAGAGUUUCGAAUACGGACAUGACCUGGCACAAGGACGUGUUGCCGUCUCCACGCUCGUACCAUCAGUUGGAUUUGACCCUGGACGAUAAUACCGUGUUGAAGGCGAUCGAACAUAUGAACUUUAUUCAAAUGAAAAGUAAGUAGUAAAUAUAGGUAUAUGAUAUUAUAUCAGGUACUUAGCGAUUAGAUAAAAAUAAACGUGUAUGCGAUAACGGUUAUUAUUAUUGUGAGUUUUAUACACGCACAAUUGUAUUCACAAUAAGUCAGGAUAAUAUUACAAUAUUAUUAGUAUUGUGAGCGUAUAUAAUAUUUUGUGUAUACGGGUAACCGGCUAAUUUAACAAUAUUUGUACAGAGUGUCUCACUGUGUGUGUGUGUGUGUGUGUGUGUGUGUUCGUAUUUCCAUACAUUUAAUUAGUACCUUUUUUUUUUGAAGGGGAGGGGGGAAGAGAAUGGCUUAAAUAACUGUUAUUAUUAUAUUAUUAUAUUCAUAGACUUAUUUUAUAAAAUAUCACCCUGAAGAAAGUAUUAAAUAUAAUAUUAGAAAGGCUCCCCGCCUAAUGUUUCCCGAUCUCUUCCAAUGCAUGUACCCCAGCAAUAAAUAACCUAUUUUUCUCCUCUAUAGAUUUUUUUUUUUUUUUAUAGAAAUUAUGACUUUUGUGUUAAAUGGCGGUAUCAAAAUUAUUUUUGUUAAUAAAUGUCGAUAAACUGAAAAUGAUAACGAUUUGAAAUAGCAAUUUUUUUAGUAGUUGAGAUCUUUCUUAUUAUGAUCAAGUCAAUUGAGUUUGAGCUUAGGAUUUAAUGAAACUUACGGAAACAAAUAUCGAACAAUAGAUACGCUGCACCAAACGUAAUAAACACACAUAUUUGAUUGUGGAUAAUAAACUAAUUAUUUUUAUUAAAAUUAUAAAUUGGUUAUUCUUUUUUUUUUUUUUUUUUUUUUUAAACAUAACUUAUACAAUUUUUGUAUUUUUUUUUUUUUGUUAUUAUUUCAAGUUUAGUAGAUAUCACUUAUACCCGGAGAUUUUGACACAAAAGUAAUUGCACGAAAAAAUCAUGGCUGAGACACUCUGCUAUAUUUUACUAUACGCCGACAAUUUACAAAAAAAAAAAAAAUAAUAAAAACUAAAACGUCUAUACUUAACAGAAUAUUAUUGUUUUUGUAUUUUUUUUCCUACUGCUUGCGUUAAUCAUUUAUAGCCGUCAGGAACGGAGAAGACAUGAAGACAACAGGUAUACUAUUUUAUUGCACCCCAAGAGGAUAUUAUAUAGUUACCUAUAUAUUAUUACAAUGACGUAGCCGGGGGUAGGGAAAGAGGUCUAUAUAGACCUCUUUCUCGAAAUUUCUUCUAUAUUUUUAUUUUUAUUUUUUGAAAUUUUACAAGUUAUAGGAUGUUUGUAAAAUAAACCGCCCUUCUAUCGAAUUUCCCCCGAUAAUAGAGACUGGAUUGUUUCUGUAAUAUACUGUUAUAACCACCCUUACCAUUUUUAUAAUCAAAUUUCAUAAUUUUAUUUUUGGACGUAGCUAAAAGUAAAGUUUUAAUAUAUAAUAGUCAUACUGUAUUAUUAUAUUUUUCGGUUAUUUUAUUAUUUUGCAAAGCAUAUUCGUAUAUUAUACAAAAUGGGAAGAAAUGGGUGGGAAGAAAUUCGACUCUAGUGACGGGUGUUUUUCUUUUUAUAAUUUAAUUAAUUUAUCAACUAUAAUAUUGAAAAACGGGAAGUCCUGAUACGUACAAUGUAUAUUUCAAAUUUAACCCCAACCCCGUUCUGCCCAGAAAUAUUUGUCCGGCUACGGCACUGUAUUGCUACUUAGUUAGGUACCUAUACUCGAAGUAUUAUUAAUAGAUUGUUUUUCUCGCUUCCUCCAGUAUCUAUAACCGACAAAAAAUGCAUGCGGAUUUCGUACCUAUUCGCGUAUACAAUAAAAAAAGUUGUACAAUAGUCUGUGUAAUGUGUUUUCGGAAUAGUUUCGAAAAACCCAUUCUAAAAUAAUGACGUAUGUUUACUAUUUUGUUAAAAUAAUAUUGUUGUUUUACGUUUUUUACAGCCCCGAGUGCGGCGCUGAUCAUCACCGAAGAGUGCAGUGCCGAAAACAAUAGCGUCACGAUCGCGUGGCAACCGCCGGCUUCUUCGUACGUCGAAGGUUACGUACUCGAACUGGAUGACGGGAACGGCGGAGAUUUCAGGGUUGGUGUCCUCCUAUAAUACAACAGUCCACUAUAACAAUGAUAAUAUAGUUGAUCCAUUUUUUCGCCCGAUAUAUUAACGAGAUUGUUAAAAACAAAUAUCAAUAAAACAAUGUUUCUUAUAUAAGUCGCACGCGAAGUUGUUGCGCGCCGUGUUGCAAACGAAGAUUAAUGGAUUUUUCUCGCUUCGUCCUCUCUCCCUCCCCCCCCCUCCCGUCUGCGCGCUACGAGAUUAUUAAAAUUUCAUACAAUAUGCUUUUCCCUGGAGGGUCGGGAGCUAUUUGCUUUUGUCACUUAGUGUAAUAUAAGUAUAUGUAUGUACACAUUGAAAAAUAAUGUGUAUAUUUUUUUUAGUUUGCAAAUUUAAUUCUCCCUCCCUCGCUUAAUAAAUUACCAUUGAAAAAUACAAUACGACAUUACGAACCACCGUGGUACCAAUAGAAGUCAUUUAAUUCUUUGACAACAAACCGAGUGAUGACCGAAUAUACAUACCUAACAAUUUUCUUCCCUUCUAAAUAAGUGGUUGACGGUAAUUUGCGUUUAAAAGUGACUGCGCGCCACCUGGUUUUACAGGAUUAACUAUCCGGGAGAUAGUAAGUUUGGUCCCAGUAAAAGAUAUUGCCAUAACAUUUUGAUGAUAAUUGCGUCCCGCGUUAUUUACGUACAUACAUAACCGACUGGGAAUCCGUAAAUAUAAAUAUGUUGAUAGAUGAGCUUUAUAUUCCACAUUCUUAGUAUUUAGUUGUUAGUGCGGCGAUUGCCCUUUUUUAUUAAGUGCACGUGCAUCAAAAAGAAGGUAAUAAAUAGUGACAAAAAUAAAAACUUAAAAUCGACCAGUGAUUACAAAUUUAAGGUUUAUAAUUUAAAUAUUAAAAAAUAUAUAUCGAAAUCUGACGACUAUACGAGACAGGAGUCAGCCCUGUAAACCGUGUUAAAAAAUAAAAAUAAAAACAGGCGUGUGCAGAACCUUAUUUAUUAAAUUAAAACUGAUUUAAUUUUUAUUGAAAAUUGUUAAACUUUUUUAAUUGUAAAUGUUAACAACUUGUAAAAAUACACGAUCGGGACUCUUAAUCUUAUACCUAUAUACUACAAAUUAAUUAUUACGAGGAAUGUCUGAGAAUAUUUUUUUUAUAAACGUUAGCACUACACAGUAAACAAAGUGCAUUAAAAAAAAAAACGUAUAGAUAUAAUAUUCCUGACGGAUUUUAAAUUAUGACAGAAAUUCAAUUUUUAACACCUUGCUUGACGAAAAAUAAUAUUAAACGAUUACGGCCAUCAUAAACACUUUAUAGCCAAAUCGUGAUUUUUUUUUUUAUUUUCUAUGACGCGAAUUUUAAUAAUAUCUGAUACCAAAAAAAUAUAUAAUACCUAUAUCAUCGUCUACCGAAUUCGGUUCAAUAAAAUUAUGGUAAAAAAAAAAAAACAUCAAUAACUAAAAAAGGCAUUAGUACAUGUCGAAAACAAUGUUUAUAUAUAUAUAUAUAUAUAUAUAUAUAUAUAGAUAUAUAAGUUGAAGAUAAUAUUGAUUUUUUAUGUUUGCUAUAUUACAAGUAUGAAAAGCCAGAAAAAAAAAAAAUGAUAUUAACAUGACCGGCAGACCAAUAAUAAAUUAUUUAAAUUUUAUUACUCGUUGUGAGAUGCAUGCAUUAAAAACAAAGUGCUAUAAACCUGUCUUCUAAAUAAAACUAUUUUCAAUAAUAGUAUAUUUUUGUUGCAUUGAAAUCUAAACGAAUAGUCCUCAACCAAACACAAUUGUCAUUAAAUUACGUUUUUAUUGUACUGUACCUAAGACCUAACUAUGCAAGUAUUUUAAUUUUUAAAUGUCUAUAGAAUAUGCGCAGAUAUAACAAACAAAUAAUCCUAUAAACAUUUGAAAAAAAAAAGGAGUUUUAAACACGCAUGUGUUAUAUUAGUUUAUUUCAAAUAAAUGUUGAAUAGAAUGUUGCUAUACAAGAAAAUAAUAAUAAAUAAUUUAAAUAAAAUCCAAUUUUAACGAGGUAACAGUAAAAUAAUAAUAGUUCCGUCAAUUCAAUAUGGGGUUUUAAACUUGUUAUCAAUUUAAAUUUUCAGUUGGAAACUUAAUAGAUAUUGGCACUUGUAUUUUUUUGCCACAUAAUUAAUUUAACACUGAAAAAUAAUAACAAUUUGUAGUAUUUUUACCUAUUUUUUAUUAGAAAUUUAAUUAAGGUUACUUAGUACAGUUUGGAUAUUUAUUAAAACAGUAAUAAAACAAUUAAAAAAUUUAUAAUUAUUUCAAAUAAAUAAUAAAAACAUUAUGUUUAAGUAUCAUUAUGUUUUAUUUUGAUUAUAUUUUUAUUAAAUUCAUUUUACAUGCAAUUUCUCAUUAAGUUAUAUCAUAAAUUCACAAAACAUACCAAUAAGAUGUCAGCAUGCAGCUUUUCCAGCCUAAAUUAUUGCUAUGUUACAGUAAUUUAGUUACUAAAAAGUUUUUGUGGUUGCAAAUUGUUAAAAAUAUAAAAUAUAUAAAAAUAAUGUCAAUUGGUUUUUAAAUCAAAAUUAUAACAAGAUGAUGCCAGGAUAAUACACUUAUGGAUGAAAAUUUUCAUUCGCGUUCCUCUUAAAUAGGCUUGUUAGUCGUGUCCUAUAUUUGAAAAGAAAAGACAAGGAAUAACACAGGACGACAAGGAACAUAUUUCAAGCUUCGUUUCUUCCUAACACUAUAUUGAUGUAUUACUAUUUUUUUAAUGAUGAUAAAUUAUAAAAUUUAUUCUAACACUUUUUUAAAAUUAAAAUGUAAAAUUAUAUUUUUUGUUUUUAUACUACAAUGUAUAAAAACAAAUACACAGCAACAUAAAAAAAGUCUUAAAUUUGUGUUCACAUUGAAAUUAUAUUAUAUAAUAUUAUAUCAUAUUAUUAUAUUUAAAAUGGUUGACAAAAAUGUUAAUACAUUUUUUUUUUAGAUUAUCCUAAUAAUUGUUUAAAUAAAAAUAUUUGUAAUAAUAUUUGUUUUUUGCACACAGGAAGUGUACUGUGGUACGGAAACUAUUUGCACUGUGGAUGGACUACAUUUUAAUUGCACAUACAAUGCUCGAGUAAAAGCGUUCAAUACUGCUGGUGAAGGCGAGUACAGCGAAAUAAUUGGAUUACAAACUUCAGAAGGUAUACUUAUAAGGGUUGAAGUGCCAAAUUAUUGUGUAUAUUUAAAUAAUAUUGUUGAAUUAAGAAAAUUAAGUAGAUCACCUAAAAAUAAAAAAAAUUCAUUUUUAAUAGGUAAUAUUAAAAAAACUACUUUAAAAAUGUACAAUUGUGCCUAUAAAAUCGAUAAAUAAUUUAUACUGUAUUUAAAAAUAAUGUGUCUACCAUCAGGCUAGUUAGGUAACUUAAUUUGAUACAUGUGCUAAUAUUAGAAUCAAAUUUACUUUUGACUGAUGUGAAAAUAGAAAAUUUAAAAUUCCAAAUUGAUCUGAUUGGCAAUAUUUUUUAAUAUAUUUAGGUUUCUAAACAUGAAGUUUACACACAUUAUAUCCCUGUUAUAUCUAUUCAUCUGUAGUGACUUGUUGAUUUUGUUGAUAAGGAGAUGUAUAUAUUAAAAAUAAAUUUGUCAUAUUAUUACUAUUCAAAUUUGACUAUUAAAUAUACAUUGAUAUUAGCCAACAAGUAAUAAUAUAAGUAGUACUUAAAUGUAUAUGUAACUUUAGUUUAUUGUUUAAAAUAUUUUUAAAAAACAGGAACUAGGCUUGUCUUUCGGAGUACCAUUUUCUAAUUUGUUAGAUAAAUAAAAUUACUAAGAAUGUACUUUAUUGGGAAAAAUACUUCCAUUAUAACUAUUGAUUGUUUAACUAUAUCUACAAAUGGUAUCAAAAUAUACUGCUUGAUGUUAAUUAUAUAUAUUUUUGUAUAUAUUUUAGUGGCUUGGUUUACAUUUGAUCCAUGCCUUAGCUCUCCUGAGUUAUGUUUUACGCCAGACAAUAUGACAGUAACUUGUGAAGGAUUUGAACACAGAGUGGCUUUGGGCAGUGUUGGAUUUUCCAGGGGAGUUCAUUACUGGGAGUUUACUGUGGAUCGGUAUGAUGCUGACACUGAUCCUAGUUUUGGGAUCGCUCGAUUGGAUGUUUCCAAAGAGGAAAUGCUUGGUAAGGGUACAUCAUUAAAAUUUAAUAUUUAUUAUAAAUUAAGUAUGCGAGCCGUAAUUAAUUCUAUUCUUUAUAGUUUUCUCGUUUCAUUUGACAUUUAGUUGUAUAUAUUUUGGUUAUAGGCAAAGAUGAAUCUGGUUGGAGUAUGUAUAUUGACAAACAAAGGUCUUGGUUUAUGCACUGUCGUAGUCACGAACAGCGGUGUGAAGGUGGUAUCCAGGUUGGAUCAACUAUUGGUGUACUUCUGGACUUGAAUAAACACCAAUUGUCAUUUUUUGUUAACGAUGAACCUCAAGUACGAAUUUAUAAUUUUUUAUAUUUGUAUUUAUUUAUAAUAUUAUAUUGUAUAAAUUAUAGUAUUAUUAUUCUUUAAAACCAUAACAGUUCUAAUAUUGUUUUUUCAUAUUAGGGACCAGUGGCUUUUCACGGUUUGUAUGGCGUCUUCUAUCCAGCAGUGAGCGUGAACAGAGGGGUUGCUGUCACCCUACACACUGCUCUUGAUGCUCCUAGCGAUGUAGAAGACUGUUAAGAUUUCAAAUGUAUCGUUCACAGUAAAAAUACAUACUAUAACAUAAUAUUAUAAUUCAUAAUUGAUUAUGAUAUUAUGAAUGUUAUCAAUAAGGUUUUUUUUUUUAAUAAUAAUAAUAAUAUUUUUAUUUAAAGUUUCUAUUAAAAGUUAUAUGAGUCCAAUAUUUUGUAUUUGUACGUAUAUAAUGUAUGUAUAAUGAUUGUGUAUUUUUUUAAAUUUAUUAUUGACUCAAGAGUAAAGUAAAUUUUAACAGGGUGGGAAAGUUGUAUAGAAUAACUGCAAUAUACAUGUUAUAUACUUGUACACUGCAUAUUUUUCCCUUCCAUUUGCUUAAAAUGACUAUUUUUUUUUUUUUGCUUUUUUAGUUAAAAAAAAAAAUUAUUAUAAUAUUUUUUAUGUUAUUAUAUUAUUUAGCUAUUCAAAUAUUUAUGGUAUGUUUCGAAUGUACAGAAAUAUUGAGAAUGAAACUGAAUGAUUACAAUAUUGUCAUUAUAUUAUGAUGUGUAUUAUUAUAAUAUUUGACUAUAUUCAUUUAUAAACCCUUAGUACAAUUUAUAUUAUGACAUUAUUUUUUUUUUACUAAUAGGUAUAUCAAUUUAGUACUAUUCAUAAAAUUGUUUUGUUCUAUGUCAUCACUAGUAGUUGUUUAAGUUGUACAAUAUGAUUGAGCAUAUGAUUAAGUAAUUAUAUAUCAUAUUCUUUAUUUGUUUAAUGUAAAAUAAUUUUUUUAUAGUUCAUUCUAAGUAUUUUCUGGAUCAUUGAAAUAUCGAAAAAAAAAAAAACAAAUUCCUCUUUAUCCAUUUGUUAGAAUCCAUAUACAUUUUUUUCUAUUGUUCAUUUAUGUUUUAAUUCAAUUUUAAUGGGAUAUAAUUAGAUUUAGGUGUUUUUAAUUUUAUUCAUCUAGUCAAAUAGAUUUAGAUUUCAUGAUUUCUCAUAAAGACUGAAGGGAUGCGACAAACAAAUAAAUAUAUUUCCAUGCAUAUAUUGAAUAUAUCAAUAUUUCAACAUUAAUAAAGAUAGAUAAAGGUUAAAUAUUAAAAUAUUUAUAAGUAAUAAGUAGUAACCAACGAACCAUAUAAUUGCAUUAUAGUUCACUAUCAAAGAUCAGGGCUAUAUUAGAAUUUUAACCACUUUGUUUUCUAUUGUUUUUAUUUAGUGUACAGUGUCAUUACUUAGUCUAAUAGAAAUAUUUUAUUAUAUGGACCCAUACUUGGUCUUUAAAGGGUAAAUCUUUUUUUUUAGCUUCUAAACAUAUAAUCAAAUUUAUGUUGUAUCAUGUUUCAUAUAUUAUUUUACACCUUGAUAAAAAUGAACCAUUUUCUUUUAAUUUUUAACCACCUAAAAUAGAGCAAAUAGUAAAAGAUUUCGGUGCACACUUUUAUUUUAAUAAAUAUAAAUACCAUUUAAUCGUUUGUCAAUUGAUUUUCCUAUAGAAUCCGCCACAUUCCUUUGAUGUGCGUUUCAGUUCUAUAUUUCCUAUGUAUUUGAACGUGCAUCAUAAUUUAUGUACUAUAAUGUUUAUAUAAUGUUUGUAUAAUAAUUGUAUUUAAUUACACGUACACAGAUAUAUUAUGUCAACAAUAUAUAUUAUUGUUAUAUAAAUGAUUUAUUUGUAAUAUCUAUUUAACACUUAAGUUUGGAAGUGGAAAACAAUAUUGUAUUGUCAUUUAUAUUUUAUUAUGUACUGUAAAUUAUCAAUAUAUAUCAUAAUUAUAUAAUAUGGUAAUUUUAAUUGUAUAGAUAUCUUUUGAACAUUAUUAUGCCAUAUGCGAUCAUUCAUUAAUCGGCCCACUAGCGUAUUAAAUCAAAACUGAAAAAAUAAUAUAACUUCAAAUCUCAAAAAUUAACACUAAAAAGAGAUAGGUUUAUACUAUACAUUUUUUUUUUUUCAUUUAUAACAAUCAAUACACAUAAUAAAUAAUUAAAUACAUUACCAUAUCUAGGUUUAUUAAAAUGUACUUGCAAUAAAAUAUAAUAUUUGCUAUUAAUUUAAAAGUAAGUUUAAUUUCUUGGCCAGCCAAGAAUGAUAAUUUUUUUUGAUUGCUUUAAUAAAAAAGGGUUGGUCACCACUGUCAUAGACAUUAUUUUCCUCAGGUCUUCUUUUUCAAUAAUUAUUGAACAAAUGUCUUUAAAUAAUCUAUUUUGAUUAAGUGUUAAGUAAAUAUCGUUAGUUCUUGAACGGCUUGUGGCUGGUUUUAUAAAUUGUAUCUCUUAUGAUUGAGUAUUUAAUAAAAACAAAUGUGCUUACAAGCAGCAUAUUAUUUUAAAUAUUAUAGAUACAUUUAUAUUGUUAUAAUGAAUUUGUAUAGAAUUUUAACUAUGUAAAUUAGUUAUUUUACUACGAUUAAUCUUUUCUAUUAGCAGGUUAAUAUGUUAGUUGAGCGGUACUACAACUUAUGAUCAUAUCGCACAAUUUUUAGUUUAGUGUGUGAUCUACUCUAAUCACAUUAUUGAAUUAUGCAAAUACCAUUAAAUAAUAUUUGAAUAUUGAGUAAAUACCAUUUUUAAAAAACUUAUUUAAUAUAUAGUAUAUGUGAUAGGGCUGAAAAUAAGUCACUUAUAGACAAUUAUUUUGAAUUUAAGUCAUUUUGUAUCUAUAUUUCCGU